AUGACGGUUCUGUCCUGGCCGACAGGUGCCAUCCGAGAGAACAUCAUCAUUUGUGACAACCAGUAGGUUCAAGGUACGGAUUGUUGCUCGUCUGGAGUGUUCACCUUUCACUACCUACCAAUAUGACACCAGACCCCUCUUUCCCUCCUCCCGUACCAGCCCACCCUCCCAUACCCCCACUCCUGAUCUACGGUAAGUGAAGUAUAGCCGCCUAUCACCCUGUGUUAAUUGUAUUGAUCCCUGAUAUGUAUAUUCCGCCUUAACCUGCUCUUGAUUGAUCUGUGUGCCCUGUACCUGGUAUGCCCCUUGGUCACCCGCACCAUGUCAAUAAUGUUAUUGUCGUCGUCUCAGUGCUGCCCCUAACAGGGUAUCCGAUGGAGGGUUAUCGCUGCCGCCCCCCUACAGCGCACUACCGCCCCCCCCCUCCCCGCUCACAAACGGCACCUCCCGAUGUAGAGCGUGCCCCCCCUAACCCUCCAGUCAUUUUGUGUCAUUUAUACCAGGAAUCACUGCUUUUACCCUCCCUGCACCCUUUACUUGUCACUAGUUGACAGCCCAGAUUUAGACCCCCAUCAAGACACCCAUUAGUUAUUGGAUAGUGCCUGGCGGAUGCUAUAUGUCUAUACUUACCGCCCCCCCCCCCCCCCCAAGUUGCAGCCUGGUGUUCGCUACACUGUGAUGCAGUUGUUUAGUCAGCCCAUCGUGAAUUCGAUGCUAUAUCCAAAGUAUCUCGACUUGCAGCCAGCAGUGCCCAGCGUUUCACAAUGAACUAUACGUAAGAUAAGCAGACCUGGUACAUAGGCCCUGUAACCUAAUCAAGUUCGGUCUGGUGACCCCCAAUUGUACAGUUGCACCAUUGACGAUAUCUCUAGCCUUCGGUUGAUCUAACACACUGUCUUUGUCCAAGAAUAUUAAUCCACCCCUUGCUUCAAAUGAAUUCUUUCUUUCUUCUCCUUCUGCCAGGGUCGCAUAUAGGGCGAUGACAUCCAACUCUGCCCUAGCUCUUAGAGACGUCAGUCGAUUCUGUGAUCGUUGAGACAUCACAGCUGCUUUCUUAUGAUCUACUCAUCUAUAUUUAAGAUAGCGAAGCUUCUACCCGAGUGUUCCCCUUGAUUGUUACAUUUGUAUGGACUCGCUCACCUUCUCCAAUAAGAAAUUAUACGCAAUUUGCUGACACUGUAGCUUAUGACUGAUGUCCUACUGAAGCCAAAUUGCACAGCGUCAGGUAGCACUGCGACCUGGAGCCUCGCACUCAGGAUCGUGCUCUAAGUGAUCCCCGUAUCCAACUUGCCAGCAAACUAGCUGCUACUCUCUAUGAACUGCCAUAAGUCACUGCGAUGUAACCGACUGUGGUGAAAUACUUCAAGUGUCAUAUUAAUUUGCCAUGAUUUAAACCAACCUCUCCACGCCACUGUGAGAGAUCAGGGCGGUAACACCACCUCAGCAGCCCCCUAUGUUUGGUAAGUAAGACUUUCUCCGGUUUCUGCAAAUGCGUAGUUAUCUGAGUUCUGUUCUAUUGGUGAGAUUAAAAUAUCUUUAGUGUCCGCAGUUAAGACAACACCCCCACCCAUGCACGUCACACAAGCCCUGUCUGUCCAGGCUAUCUUUGGCAUUGGAAUGUGUUCUUCUAUAUUUCAAGCUGUGAGGAUGGAAGGAAGUGGGGCUAACGGCACCUCAGUAGUGUGGAAAAUAUUUGAAAUGGAAAAUAUGGAAUCAUAUGGAAUCAUAUCAAACAUUUGACGUUUGAGUCUUCACAUUGGGUCGCCCUGUUCUAAAUAACAAGGCUUCCUAGGUAAAAUUUUGCCCCAAUCUAGUUUCCCACACACAAACUUAGAAUGCCAUAACCAAGUACCGUCUGAAGUGAUGAUGAAGACAGAAGCAGGGGCAGUCCAGUUAGUUGAUGUAUAUAUACUACAGAGAAAAGUACAUGGUCAUUGGGAAGAGGGUGGUUAAGACAGGUGGUUAGGGCACCGUGGGAUGAAGGGAAAGGCUAACAGUUUUCCCAGUCUUUCUCUCCUAUCUUUUGUAUAGAACAGUAGAAACAUCUUGGGUGUGUCGGACAGCUUGGUCAUAAGGAGGAGUCAUGUUCCCCUCAUAUCGUACAGGCCAUGCAGGAGGAUACCAAAGGCUAUUUACGACCCGACAGGACAAGAUGAACAUUUUCAAGGUGUAGCUUCACACGAUAAACUUUGGAGAGAUCAACAUGUAUUAAAAUCAGUAAUUGCAUUGAACCCAGUCGAAUUGGUUAUUAGAAAAGCACACACAUAACUUUUCCAUCACACAGAUUGAAAUGAUUCCCUGUUUCCAACGUGGUCCUGGUGAGCGGUACAGGGCAACAGACCCACUGCCUCGGAAGGAAUUUACUCCAAAGUGUUGUUCUGGGGGGACAUUAUACAAGAGAGGUAUAAAAAACAACAAUUAGGUAUUAUAGGCGCGAUGGAAUCUGGAUGAAAAGAGAUGCUCUCUUACUGUAGAGGGAUUAGAGGGAUGGGGUGUGGAAAGUAUAUGAUUUUUCCACACUGGUCCCCAGGUUUCAAGUAGGGGUACAGGUGAGGGUGUACAGGAAAUAAAAGCCCCCCCCCCCCCCCCCGCCCCCCGCUGCCCCCACCGCGGUUGUUGCACGGCGUUAAUGGUGUCCCCUGACUCGAGUUGAAGGUUACAGUAUUCAAGCUGUCAUUCUAACCAUAAAAUCUCCUUCCCAGACCUCCACUUUUAGCUCAGUGCAUUUGUCGAAGGGGACCAUUGUCAAAAGGUAUAUUAUUUUUAUUGGUAUUAGCAUAUUUUUUUAUUUAGUAGAAUUCCAGACGGAUUGUUGGACGUAUAAUAAUAAUAACAUUGGUUCUGAUGGGAAUAGGAAACGUACGGUGACCACAGCGUAACCUGUAGCAGGUGGAGAAACAGGAGUUGGAAACAAAAUGGAAAGAUCUUAAAAUACUAUGGCGUGCCACACGAGGGCGAUCAAACUCAUUCCAUGGAGGUCCUACUGUAUACUGGUUGAGUAUUCGAUUAAAUAAGACCUUAGCCUAGACAACCAGGGGGAGGGGAUUGUUCCGUACUAAUUAGUGACCGAGACAACCAGUGAGGGGAAUAUUUACUAAUUAGGAUUAGGGACACUUUUACCUAGACAACCAGGUUGUGGGGAGGGGGAUUUCCUUACUAAUUAGUGACCUAGACAACCAGGGGAGGGGGGAGAGGGGGAUUGGAUUUCCUUUACUAAUAGUGACCUAGAUAACCAGGUUGUUGAGGGGAUUUCCUUACUAUUAGUGACCUAGACAACCAGGUGGAGGGGGAUUUACUUAUAAUUAGUGACCUAGACAUCCAGGUUGAGGGGGCUUCCUGCUCAUUAAUAGUGACUAGAAAACCAGGGGGUGAUAUUGGGGAUUCUUGCAUUACUAAUUAGUGACCUAGACACCAGGGGUUGGGUGAUGAGGGAUGGAUUUCCAUAAUAAAUAGGCCCUAGACAACCUGGUGAGGGAGUUUACCUACUUAUUCGUGCCCUUCAUAAUUAAUCAAGUACAGGGAGGAGCGCAAAAAAAACCUUGCAGACACAUGUGGUGUAAAAGGUUGAAACAAUGCUUCUGUUUCUCUCUUCUUUUCUCUCUCUGUCUCUCCAAAACAACGGGUUUUCCUCUGGGUCAGCCCCGAUAAGUGUGGUGCCUUCUAUGGAGCAGGACUCGCCCAACCCUUUCCUGGAGACUUACCGUCCCUGGAGGUUUUUUUACUCCAAACCCUGGUUUCCUGGAGAGCUACCGUUUUCCUGGAGGGUUUUAAACUCCAACCCUGGUCCUGGAGAGCUACCGUCAUGGAGGUUUGAAUUCCAACCUGUUCAUGGGAGAGCUCCGUUCUGGAGGUUUUAACUCAAACCUGUCCUGAGAGAGUACGAAUGAGGUUUUAACUCCAACCGCUGUUCCUGGAGAGAUACCGUCCUGGAGGUUUUAACUCCAAACGGUUCCUGGAGGAGCUACCGUCCCCUGGAGGUUUUAACUCCAACCCUGUUCCGGAGAGCUACCGUCCUUCCUUGUAAGGUUUUUAACUCCAACCUGUUUCCUGGAGGAGCUACCGUUCUGGAGGUUUAACUCAACCCUGUUCCUGGGAGAGAUUACCGUCCCCUGGAGGUUUAACUCCAACCCUGUUACUGGAGAUGCUAACGUCCUCUGGAGGUGUUAACUCCAACCCUGUUCCUGGGAGCUUACCGUCUGGAGGUUUAACUCCAACCGUUCCUGGAGAGCUACAGUCCUGUAGGUUUUAACUCAACCUGUCCUGGAGGGGAAGAGCUUACCGUCCUGAGGUUUAUAUCAAACCUGUUUCAUGGAGAGCUCCCGUCUGUGAGGUUUUAACUCCAACCCUGUUCCUGGAGAGCUACGUCCUGUAGGUUUUAACUCCAACCCUGUUCCUGGAGAGCUACCGUCCUGUAGGUUUUAACUCCAACCUGUUCCUGGCGCGCUACCGUCCGGUAGGUUUUAACUCCAACCCUGUUCCUGGAGAGCUACCGUCCUGUAGGUUUUAAACUCCAAACAAUGGUCAUGGAGAGCUACGUCCGCUGUAGUUUUAACUUCAACCCUGUUCUGGAGGAGCUAACGUCUGCCCUCUGUAGGUUUUUUGAUCCAACCUGUUCCUGCGGAGCUACCGUCCUGGAGGUUUUAACUCCCAAACCUGUCCUGGAGGAGAGGGAGUCCGUCCUGGAGGUUUUAACUCCAACCCGUUUUUUCCUGGAGAGAGCUACCCCCCUCCGGUAGGGUUAAACUCCAACCUGUUCUGGAGAGGCUACCGUCCUGUAGGUUUUAACUCCAACCUUGUUCCUGGAGAGCUACCGUCCUGUAGGUUUUAACUCCAACCCUGUUCCUGGAGAGCUACCGUCCUGUAGGUUUUUGCUCCAACCGUAAUCUAGCGCACCUGAUUCUAAUAAUUAACAGGUUGAUAAGAUAAAUCAGGUUAAUAACACCUGGGGUUGGAGUGAAAACCUACAGGAGGGUAGCUCUCCAGGAACAGGGUUGGGCAACCCUGCUAUAGAGAAUAAAAGGCUUGUAAGUGAAAACUAUUACGCUUGUUUGAGCAUCAAGAUUAGUAUAGUUUGCUAUUUAUCUUAAGUUUUCACAGUGGUUACAUCCAAACUUAAGCGCAAAAGACGUGGGAAAUACAUAUUUUUUGUUCAAAAUACAUAUUUUUAGGGCCUACCGAGUGGCGCAGCGGUCUAAGGCACUGCAUUGCAGUGCUUGAGGCAUCACUACAGACCCGGGUUCGAUCCCAGGCAGCUGUGACCGGCGGGGCAAAAUUGGCCCAGUGCGGUUUGGUGGAACAUGUUUCAGAGGACGCAUGACUAGAUCGCAAUUGGGGAGAAAAAGGUGCUAAAAUAAAAAAAUAUAUAUAAUAAUAAUAAAAAAAUACCUUCAGGUGGAGAAACAGAAAGUUGGAAACAAAUGGAAAGAUUCAAAUAUUAUGGCAUGCCACAAGAGGGCGUUCUUAUCUUAUAAUCAGACGUGAGCAAAAGACAUUGAAAAUACAUAUUUGUGUUUGUGCUCAUUGGGAAGGGGUUCUAGAUAGCUAACUGCACAUUCUGCUCUGUGCUCCAGCCUCCAGCACUUCUGUUGAAAAAAGUUAGCUCCUCCCAACCUGUCAAAAGCCAUUCAAAUGAAUUCUGUCCAUAUUUUUUUAAACUUUAUAUCGAAGGAGUGUCUUUAAUUUGACGGCCUACACAUGUACAUUUCAGUGCAACGUGACCGUUAGACCCGAUGACGUAUUUCUGCGCAAGAGCUAUGGUAGGUAACGUCGCCAUGACAUCGCCUGCAAGCAUGAUCAGGGAUGCAGGUUGAUUAUUGGGAUGAGUCAUAUCCUUGAGGCAGAACUGAGCGAUUUCCACUAGAUAGGCCAGCUGCAAAGUCAAAAUUGGCUAUAUUGUAAAAAUUUAUGAAAACAAAUAAAAGUGCUUUUUGGUCUUAAUUUAAGGUUAGUGUUAGGCAUUAGGAUUAGCAGUGUGGUUAAGGUUAGGUUUAAAAUCAGAUUUUAUGACUUUGUGGCUGUGCCAGCUAGUGACCACUGCAGAGCUGCCUCCAGAACAAGAUUAAUGAACAAAAAUGUUAACCUGCAACAAGCAGUUACAGGCCUCUUUAUUUAAAUUAUCUUUGGUAAAACGGCAAUAAACUUUUUGCUCGAUAGGUGGGUAAAAAAUUGUGUUUACAUGUGUUUACCCUCCACUACACCUCUGCAGAAAACUGAACAGUUUACAUGUGUUUACCCUCCACUACACCUUGCAGAGGACUGAACAGUUUACAUGUGUUUACCCUCCACUACACCUUGCAGAGGACUGAACAGUUUACAUGUGUUUACCCUCCACUACACCUUGCAGAGGACUGAACAGUUUACAUGUGUUUACCCUCCACUACACCUCUGCAGAGGACUGAACAGUUUACAUGUGUUUACCCUCCACUACACCUUGCAGAGGACUGAACAGUUUACAUGUGUUUACCCACCACUAUACCUCUGCAGAGGACUGAACAGUUUACAUGUGUUUACCCUCCACUACACCUUGCAGAGGACUGAACAGUUUACAUGUGUUUACCCUCCACUACACCUUGCAGAGGACUGAACAGUUUACAUGUGUUUACCCUCCACUACACCUUGCAGAGGACUGAAAUUGUGCAGUAACAUAACUUACGCAUCAGUGUCUCCCGCUAUCCAUUCGGGGUCUCCCAACAGUCCCCAGGCGCUGACCACCGUCACCACCAGUCUUCCCUUCGAGACCUUCUUGAGGCAGCAGUUUGAGUCCAGUUUAGAGUAACGGUCCCCACAGGACAUUUCCCUGGUGCUCUCUGGGAGGGCGUUCUCCUUCAGGUACUCCAGGACAGCCUCCUUUGUAUUUAGAUCAACAUGUUAACAUAUUAAUUGAUAUAUAACAUAUAACCUAAGAUCCCGAUUUUAGGUUUUAUUUAUGCAUCCUGUGACAAGAAUCUCCAAUAAACAAACCCACCUGAGGUAAUAUAAUUAUAUAACAAACAACCUUCAGGUUACAGCAAACUUCUGGGUUUUAUUCUCCAGAGUUCAAACUCUUUGGAAUCUCUGGCCAAUAACAAUAGAAUGUAAUAGAAUAUAAUAGCCUUGAUGUGAAUCAUGUACAUGUACAUAUCUUAACCUACUGGCCCAUGUUAGCUAGGUAGGUAAGUUAGGCUAACCAGCUAUCAUAAACCCUGUUUAUACCUGGUUCUAACAUCCUGAUCCUGCCCACAUAUUUAGACAGGUGUAGACCAUUAAAAGAUGCAUUGUGAUCUGAUUGUGCCCACAUAUUUAGACAGGUCUAGACCAUUAAAAUAUGCAUUGUGAUCUGAUAGUCAGACACAUUGUGCCUGGUAACCCUACAAGUGUAGACGAAUCUGGACAUCGAAACCAUUUAAAUCAUCAUCAUUAUCCUGCCUUCUAAAAUAAUUGACAGGUGUCACCAUUGACUGAAGGCAUCAAUGAAGGAAACAGAGGAAGGCUCUCUCUCUCUCACUUGAGUAUCUUACCUAUUUCUUUUCUGAUGAUCUCAUUUUUGCUCUUUUGUAGCUUGGGCAACUAUGGGUGUGUUUUCUGUUGGCUCCUCUCCCUGUAGGCUUUACAGACGCUCCCCACCCCUUGGCUGCAACCCUUCUCAUUUAUUGUACCCUGCGUGCACAACCCAUGUGGAAUUCCGGGUCUCUGGCAGCGCUGGGAACUGCCGAUCUGCGGUCAAGAACACUGAGUUCAUCUCAGCCUAUGCUGUCCUGUAGUCCCUUGACCUUUUGGCCCUGACGGAGACAUGGAUCACCCCCCGAAGAACGCUCUUCAUCUGACUAUGUUUUCUCUCGGUGGUGGCACAGGGUUACUCAUUUCUCCUGAGUGGAAAACUUUAUAUUUUCUCCUUCUCUCCAUUUCCUCAUUUGAAUUCCAUGCUGUCACUGUCACUUGUCCUCUUGCCCAGUUGUGCACCGGGGCCUCCCACUCCUCUUUCUAUUCUGGUUAGAGCCAGUUUGCGCUGUUCUGUGAAGGGAGUAGUACACAGCGUUGUACGAGAUCUUCAGUUUCUUGGCAAUUUCUCGCAUGGAAUAGCCUUCAUUUCUCAGAACAAGAAUAGACUGACGAGUUUUAGAAGAAAGUUAUUUGUUUCUGGCCAUUUUGAGCCUGUAAUCGAACCCACAAUUGCUGAUGCUCCAGAUACUCUACUCGUCUCAAGAAGGCCAGUUUUAUUGCUCCUUUAAUCAGCAAAACAGUUUUCAGCUGUGCUAACAUAAUAGAAAAAGGGUUUUCUAAUGAUCAAUUAGCCUUUUAAAAUGAUAAACUUGGAUUAGCAAACACAACGUGCCAUUGGAACACAGGACUGAUGGUUGCUGAUAAUGGGCCUCUGUACGCCUAUGUAGAUAUUCCAUAAAAACAAUCAGCCGUUUCCAGCUACAAUAGCCAUUUACAACAUUAACAAUGUCUACACUGUAUUUCUGAUCAUUUUGAUGUUAUUUUAAUGGACAAAAAAUGUCCCUUGUGCAGAUCUGCCCCGAAAACACUAUUGAGAAAGUAAAACCACAGAGUUUGCCAACCCAGAUGCUCAAAAUGCUCAUAUUUCAGCGAACGCCUCACAAAGCAGACUCUAAAGACCAGACAGGUGUUUGGGGUUUGUCAAUGGGAGAAGUGAAAAAAUUGUCCUUGUUCAUUUUCUCGAAAUAUAAAGGCAAAAUCUAGAUUUUAGAUGAUGUCUUAAAGAUGCACUCUCAAUCUUUUGUAUAUUUUAAGCCAGUAGUUUUAAAAGCGGUGCUCACAAGCCAAAAGUGGUCCCUGUUUUUUAUAUACUACGUCAUCAAAUUGUGUACCACGGCAUCAAAUUGUGUACUGUGUCAUCCAUUUUGUAUGAUACGUUGUCUGUGUUUUGGUUCAUGUCUGUAUAUAUUAAAUGUUCACUCCCUGUACUUGCUUCUCGUCUCCCAGCGUCUGUCCUUACAGAAUGCUUACACCCUUAUCAGAAGCAUCAGGGAAGUUUUUUGUUUGGGUUAGUGACGUCGGGUCUGGUGCCACUGCCGAAGGAACCGGGGAUGCCUCAGCUGGCUCGUCAGGCUUCCAUGCCUUAGCUGCCUCGAGAGGUUUUGUUGCCUCGGUUGGCUCGGCAGGCUCCCAUUCCACGUCACACCUCCGCCGGCUCGUCAGGAUUCCACUCCUCGGCCGGCCCGUCAUUUUGACCCCUAUCCUUUGAGAGACAAACCUAUGACCUGUUCAACAAAAUCUCUUUCUCUGAGCAAUUGUAUUAAUGUAAAAUAAUAUAAUUUCCCAAUUUUUGGGAGCAUACAAUAUAGAUCAGUAUUAACAUUAUUUAUUUUAUAAAGUUUAUUAUUACUAAUCUUUAUUAAGGGCAUCAAUAAUUUCAUACCCCAGUGUAUUUCAUAUGAUGAUUUGGGUCAUAAAACUUUUAUGAACCAGAAAGUCAAACCAGGUCACUACAACUUAACUUGGUGUCCAAGCAUGGUCCCGUCUCACUUGGUUGAAUUACAGCAGAAUUGGUCAAAUGCUCUACAGCUAAGGGAUUCUUGAAAACAAAUCGAAACUUUUUUUCACACAUACUUUUCUUAUUUUUUCCUUUAUUGGCAAAAUUUGAAAUAUAUAUUUUGACCAAAGUAUCAGCUAUCACAAUAUGUAAAUAGACAACCUCAUAAUUUCUUAUAUGUUUUCAUAAAAUGCAUCUCAUCUUUUACAUUUACACUGCCUUCAGAAAGUAUUCACCCCCCUUGACUUUUUCCACAUUUUGUUGUGUUACUGCCUGAAUUUAAAAUGAAUUAAAUUGAGAUGUUUUGUCACUGGCCUACACACAAUACAGUGUAUAUUGCAGAACAGUGACAAAUACAUCUAUAUUUAGGGGGUUAGCCAUCAGUGACAGAGUUUACAAGCCACUGACGGAGUUGACAACAGAUACUCAAAACAGACAUCUUUUUCCUUCUGAAUAUAAAAGUUAAAUACAAAAAUGUGUAAAAUAUGGAAAAUUAUCAUUAGAAAAUCGCAGAUAAAAACAAAAACCAUUCUAUAAAAUCUUUCAGCACUCUGACGGAAUUGAUAUUAGACAAAAAUCUGAUGGUUGACAAAAAUGUAAAUUUUUCUUCUUCAUUCAAGUGGUAUACAAAGUAGCAAUUUUGUUUUUCAGAAGUCACAGUGAAAGUAAACGUUUUUACCAAAACAGAGGCUGGGUACUGUCAGUCAUCCUACCGUCCUCCCUUCCUUCCACCCUCCCCCACACAACCAAUAAGAUCCAGAAGAACAGCAAGAAAAUAAUAGGUGAUGUUCAGUAGCCGCCCCGCUGUGUUACCAUUUCAAUUAACUCUUUACAGCUCUGUAUUGUUUGUUUUGAAAUAUCAAUGGUGUUAUUGGGUCUUUAGUUCUUGUUGUUAUGAAGUCAUGUCUUGUCUCAUGACAUUUGGUUGAAAUCUAGCCUUUCAGUUCAGAGGACAGAAUCAAGACAAGGAAGGAUCAUUUUGAUCUCGAUUAAAUGUUCUAUAGAAACUGGCCACAGGUUAUUUCAUUUAAGCAAUAAGGCAUGAGAACGAUUAGUUACCGGAGUGUAACUCCAGUUCUAUGAGUGGAGCGGAGCCCCAUAGGGGAGCUCUGCUCCUAGUGGUUUACCCUCUGCCCUAAGGCAGCAUCAGCCUGAGACAAAAUUAUGCACACACCUGCAGCCAAUAGGAGUACAGGUGUCCCUAUAAGAGGGGAUGCCUCCCCUCAAUCAGCCUCCCGAGAUAUUUAUCUUCAGUGAGACUAGAGAGGGUCGGCAGGGCCUUAAGUCCUAUGGGGCUCCGCUCCACUCAUAGAACUGGAGUUACACUCCGGUAACUAAUCGUUCUAUAUCGUGGAGCUCCGCCCCAUAGGGGAGCUCUGCUCCUAGUGGUUUAAGGCGGAGCGUAGCGCUCCAAAAUGUACUCCCUGCCGAGCCUAACACUUCCCAUCAAAAUGAAAAGGUCAGGCCUAGCAAUGGCUGCAACCGAGUCCCGCAGUACUGCAACUACUGAACCCAUAUGGGCGUCACAAUAUACCGCGUCAUCGGUUAAAGACCCGCCCCACCUAGUCCAAUGGCAAUGCCAAUGACUAGUGGGCAGAUCACCAGAAUAGAAGCCAUACUAAUCUGUACUAGCAGAUAGAUGUGCCUCGAUAUCCUGUGAAAAAACUACCGACCACUAAUGGAAUGACACCAAGUGUCACUCUACAUUGUGUACACAGUAGACCGCCUCACUCACUCAAUGAAACCCCAGAGAUUAGUGGGCAGAAAACAGAACAUGAGUCAUACUAAACUGAACAAGCAGAUAGAUGACCUCACAUUCCAUCACAUUGUUAUGACAGAUCCAAUAGUAUCGUAACCCAGUUACUACUAUUAUCACCCAUCAUUCCGCCCCACUCCAGUGAAUAACUGGUGGGCAGAUCAAUACAUGCUCUCUACUGUACUGAACCAGUCAGUCAGGAGUCAUGCCAAAAAACAUGCCUUCCUAUCCAAAGCGGACCUGAUGGAAACCUAUGUCCACAGUCCUGCUUUUCCUCUUCUUCUAGCUCAAGAUCUCCCUUCAGCUAUGCCGAGUACAGACCGAGCCAAAGAGUUAAAAGACAUAUCUAACAGGUAGAAACGGAUAAAUGGAGACGGUGACAAUCAAGACGCCGCUGCGCAAUUAUCCUCUACACAUGUUCCUCUGAAAAGGUAAUAGAAGCUGCUACUCCACGAGUGGGUUGGGCUCUUCUACCCAAAGGCAAUUGCCGCCCUGCCGCCUCAUAAACCGUCUCAAUGUCUUACAAACCCAAUGAGACAGACGCUGUUUAUAAUGUGGUCUACCGAGUGCAACCGCACCGUGACACACAAAAAGCAGCUGAGGCGAUGACCUAAUCACCGCCUUGCGCUCCACGUAGCGGGCCAAGGCGCGCACUGGGCACAGGCGAUAGAGCCGUUCCUCUCUCCUCUCAACCUGGCGAGAGGGAGAGAAGGCCCACAGCUCUACGGUCUGUAAUCUAUAUAAGCUCUUAAUAACCUCAGGUAUAAAUACCGGGUAAAGACUUAACACCGUCCUGCUCAAUCGCCAUAAAUGGCCAAGCAGUCGGAUCUCGUCGAAAGAGCCCACAAUCACUGACACGUUUAGCAGUGGUCAAAGCGAGCAGCAGUGUCUUCAAAAUAACAUUUUAAGGGGGAUUAGAGCCCUCAUCAUUACAGUGUCUAGCUGUAUCCCCUGGUAGACAAUCUGAUGACUGGGCCAGGGCGUGCUCUUUUUCCAAUUCACAGCGAACCCCAGACGCGUGAAAUGAAUCACUGUCUGUGUUGUGUGAAUGAACGUCAGCUCUGCUGACGGGGCGAGAACCAGUAGGUCGUCUAGGUAGGCUAAUAGCCGUAUUCCCUGACGACGCAACGGCUCCAAUGCCGCCUCCACACACUUGGAAAACGUGCGAGGUGCCAGGGCGUACCCAAAUGGCAUCCUCGUGUAUUCGUACGCCACCCCUUGAAAGGCAAACCGCAGAAACUUCCUGUGACGCGGCUGAACCGGCACAUGAAAGUACGCGUCCUUUAGGUCUAUGCUCGUACAAAAGUCCCCUCUCUGGACACAUUCCAGCAGACGUUUUGUCGUUAGCAUUCGAAAGGGCCGUUUGGUUACGCUCUCGUUGAGAAUGCGUAAAUCCAAUAUCGGCCUCAUUCCCCCCGUCUUUUUGGGCACUAGGAAGUAGGGUGAAUAUAGCCCCUUGUUCAUUUGCUCCUGGGGAACCACUGUGACCGCCUCCUUCGCCAAAAGUUACGUAACCUCUGAAACCAGAACGGCCACUUUUUCGGGCGUUUUCAUCACCGUCUCCACCACUCCCCUGAAUGGGGGUGGGGUCCGAUGGAAUUGGAGAGCAUAACCCUUCUGCAACGUCUGAUCUAGCCAGCGUGAGAGGGUGCAGCUUCGCUGCCACUGCCAGCAAUACAGAGAAAGCGGGCGCGCGCGAAGCUGUGGUACAUUCAGUAGGAAGGACCUGUAUUCCUCUAUGGCCCUUGCCGCCGCUGUUCCCCAACACUGAGGUGGUGGAACAGCCCAAGGCGGGCCUCCCAUGAAAGGGAGAGGAAACAUUGGUGCGUUCUGAACCCAAAGGGGGGGCAGAAACGUCAGUUAAUCUCGUAACCGUCGAAUUACUGCCCUCCGUGAAUGCAACACGGGUCUGAAUUGCACUGACCGAGGCCACAGCCUGCGACAGGGCACCAUCCCCAGUAAGCGAUUGCGUCAUCGUAGAUGCCUGCAAUUCGCUAUUAGAGCCACUCACUCCAAUACUCCUAGGAGUAUGUAAUAUGAGGUCUCUAUGAAGUAACCCAAGGCGGCGCCUUGAUACCUUCUUAGCCUUCACUUCUGUGUGUGUUCAACUCUGCACCCCUGGUGGGUUGAAUCACACUCAGUGUGAGUAUUAGCGCGUUAUGUGAGAAGUGGGGCUCAGAUACGUCAGUUAUUCUCGUAACCUUCGUAAUCUGGCCCUCCGUGAACGCAGCGUGGGUCUGAAUCGCACUAACCGAGACCCUAGUCUGCGAUAGUGCGCCAUCCCCAAACAGUGGCUGUGUCCUCAUGUCACCUGACUGAGGCUGUAGCCUACUCUGAGAGGCACUCACUACAGUACUCCUUGGAGUCUGUAAUGUGAGGUCUCUUUGAGAUAUACCAAGACGGCGUCUCGGUAUCUUUUCUCCUUUCACCUCCUGUGUGCGUUCAGCUCUGCACCUCUGGUGGGCUGAACUACACUCAGUGUGGUGAGUAAUGGCGCGUUCAGAGAGAAGUGGCCCGAUACACUGGGCACCUUCUAACUGGUACCACAAGGUGGCGCCAUGAUACCUCUUUAUCACUAGUCACAUGAGUCUGCUCAGCUGCGCACUCUUGGUGGGCUGAGCUACACUCAGAGUAGUGGGUAUCAUUGCGUUCUGUGUUAAACGGGGGCGCCGAUACGUUGGUUACGUCCUGUAACUCUAGUAUUCCGGCCCUCCUUGAACGCAGUAUGAGUCUGUACUGCACUGACUAAGGCAUUAGCCUGAGACAGGGCGACAUGCCCAUAUGUAGAUCGCGUCAUCAUGUCAUACUCUGACCGAGACUGCAAUCUGUCGUGUGAGACUCUCUCUACAGAGCUCCUAGGAGUCUGUGACAUGAGGUCUCUCCUCGGUAACAUAGGGCUGUGCCCUGAUACCUUCCUCACAUUCGCCUCCUGUGUAUGCUCAGUUACACACCUCUGGUGAGUCGGGCUACAUACAGAGUGGUGAGAAUCAAUAUGUUCUGUGAGAACAGGGGGCGCCGAUACGUUGGUUACACCCGUAACUCUAGUAUUCCGGCCCUCCUUGAACGCAGCACGGUUCUGAGCCGCCCUGACUAAGACACUAGCCUGAGACAGGGCGCCAUCCCCAGAUAUAGGUCGCGUCAUCAUGCUAUUCUCUGGCUGAGACUGCAGCCUGCUGUGUGAGACGCUCACUACAGCACUCCUAGAAGUCUGUGACGUGAGGUCUCUAUGAGGUAACACAAGGCGGCGCCUUGAUACCCUUUUAUCUUCACCUCCUGUGUGUGCUCAGCUCUGCACUCCUGGUGGGCUGAGCCACACUCAGUGUGGUUAUUAUCAGCGCGUUCUGAGAGAAACGGGGGCGCCGAUACGUUGGUUACGCCCGUAACCGUAGUAAUCAGGCCCUCCGUGAACGCAGCACGGGUCUGAACUGCACUGACUGAGGCGUUAGCCUGAGACAGAGCGCCGUCCCGAAUAGCGGUCGCGUCAUCAUGCCAUUAUCUGGCUGAGACUGCAGCCUGCUAUGUGAAACACUCACUACAGCACUCCUAGGAGUCUGUAAAGUGAGGUCUUUAUAAGGUACACUUAAUACCUUUUAUAUACCUGCCUUAUGUGUACGUUCAGCAACGCACCAUGGUGGGCUGAGCUGCACUCAUAGUGGUAAGAGAGAGAGCGAGAGUGAGGAAGGUCGAACGCUCUCGGAUGUAUUAUGGAAAAGGGGCUCUUUUUUUGACAGUGUCAAGUAGAGCCAACUCUUUAUUACACACAUUAACAAAAAACAUUCUCCUCCAUACACUCAACGGUAGGGUGGGGGGGGGGGGGGGCAGUGGGCUCGGUCACAGCAGGGUCUGCGCCGUCUUCCGUUCUCUCCCCCUCGCCUGUCAUAAACGGCGUCUCUUCUGGCCGCCCUUUGGGUGAUGCCAAACGGCGUCUCUGAAUUUCCUUGUAAAAGACCAACACUGUAAGAUCGUAUUUUGUAACUUAGCUAGCCAUGUUGGCAUAGAACACACUUUCAAAUAAUUGAUUACAUUUACCAUGAAUAUUCUUAUCAUGUUACUGAAUGCAUCCAGAGUAUUUUCAGAUUUUGCUAUCAAAAGACACAGCGAAAUACAGUAAAUGUAAAAUGCAUAUAAAAUCAACAGUGUAAUGUUUGGAUUCAGUCUUAACUGUUUUGUCCUCCGUUUAGUCUAAUCAUUUUCCCAUAAUCUCCAACUGUUCCCCUUUGAUUGCUACCAUGGUUAUGCAUAUACUUUCCACAUUUCAGAAACAUGUCAAUUUAGCUCUAUCAAUAUAGGCUAAUUCCCAAUAGUGUAAAGGGUUAAAGACUCUAGCUUUAGGAAAGUUUUCCGGAAAGUUUGUCAUAGUCAGAAAUUGAGCUGUUCUGUAUAAAAGACCAUCCCUGGUUGAAGAGAAAAACAGACAUAGAGGGAGAGACAGACUUCAUCACUGACUCCAGAUCUGAGGACAAAUUCAGCUGUAGAACCACUCUUGCAAAUUCAAAGAGGUGAGUGGAUUUGCAACUUGGAAAAGAACAGAAAAGCCUUUAAGGACAAUGUUUAGAUUCAGAGGAAUCUUUGUCAAAUUUGUGACUUUGCAGAUUUAUAAAGUGUUUUUUCAUAUCAUAGUUGUGUAUUUCAAUUCAAUCCAAAAUCAUGGAUGGUGUGACUUUUGAGUUGUCACUAGCCUAUAAACCAAACAAAGGUUUGAGUUGUCACUAGCCUAUUAACCAAACAAAGGUUUGAGUUGUCACUAGCCUAUUAACCAAACAAAGGUUUGAGUUGUCACUAGCCUAUUAACCAAACAAAGGUUUGAGUUGUCACUAGCCUAUUAACCAAACAAAGGUUUGAGUUGUCACUAGCCUAUUAACCAAACAAAGGUUUGAGUUGUCACUAGCCUAAUAACCAAACAAAGGUUUGAGUUGUCACUAGCCUAUUAACCAAACAAAGGUUUGAGUUGUCACUAGCCUACUAACCAAACAAAGGUUUUGCAGUGGCAAUUGUCGGGAUAAUGGUAAAACGUUAAAUAUGACACCUACUCAUUAUCUUUUGGUUACACAGAUCUGGUGUGUGUGUUGUUGAGAAGACUAUGUAAUCCUAAUGAUAAUUAAUAAUAAUGAGACUCUGUCAUUUUAAUGAUAAGUAAUAAUCAUAAUCUAAUAAAUGUUAUUCUGUAAUUCUGGGGACUUUCUGUGGGGAAGCUAUAAGAAUAACAUGAAGUCUGUAGUUGGUUAAGACUUCUGCCAAGGGUAAGGAGCUAAGAUUUUCCUGGCAACGAACUCUAGCGAGACUGAACCGUUUCCUGUCAAAAUCUGCAAGGAAAACUUAAGGUCAGAGCUGGCACACAGGCUAAUGGCCACACACCCACACAGUAGAUAUUAACACACAUAGAAUUACACAUUUACACACACGUUCAAAUACACACAAUGGUUGUAUGCGGACAGACCAACGGCAUCUCAGGGAAAACCAUAGUAUAAGGGGAUUUCCAGAGCCUAAGUACACACAAUACUGAAGGGUUAAUGAACAAGUGAUUGAGCGAUUAUAUAUCGAUGUGGAGGGUUAACACCUUUAGAUUCCUGUUUCUAAAAAACAAUCCGUCGUCUGCUCUUCCCUGUUUUCCUUUUGCUCCGCUUUUUGGUUUACUUCCUGUUAUGAUGAGUUGUCUGGUAUCAAGGAAUUCAAUAUGCAAGAAGAUACUAAAACACUUGGAUGAAGUGUUGAUACAUGUAUUUAAUAUACCAGGUUCGUAUAACAAACGGCACGUGAGUUGCCCCUUGUUACCCGAACUACUUGACAAAGGAAAUCUCUUAGUUUAUAUAGCCCUUUACACAUUUCUUCAACAUCAUCUGGUAACCAUCAGUUGGCACUCCCCACCCUGACAUUGCCCCCUUGUACCCCAGGCAGGAUAUUCCAUCUAUCAAUAAUUCUAAGAUGAACACCAGUGAGCUCUCUAGACAUCCUGGACUUUGUGGCACCAAGAGUGACCUAUCUACUGGAUUUAACCUCGUUCCUAAAACCCUGUGAAAACACGUCAUAUCACUUCCUGUUUGGUGUGGGUUUUAAUUUUGUUUUCCUCUUCUUGGGCAAAUUUAGUCUCAUGGCGUCUUUUAGGUCCCAGUUGUUGUUGCUUGUCAACUUUCAGUGGACACCCGCAUGAGUGUCUUUCAGAACCCUUCCUAGAAUCACACCUGUUUAUGUGUGUCUGUUAUGACCGAAAAGAGCUUCUGGGUAUCAGAACAGCGAUUACUCACCUCAAACUGGACAAAGAUUUUUUAUUUAAUGAGUCCGACGCAAAGGAUAUACUGCUUCCCUGAGACCAGGCCCAAAUCCCUGUCAUUCGCGUGAAGAAAAUACGGAAAUACAGGGGGCGGAGCAGGGGGUGGAGAUCGGGGUUCUUUGUGAGAAUUCGUCGGCAGGUGGGUAACCUGCCUCUACCAUCCGUUCUAUUGGCCAACGUGCAAUCACUGGAAAAUAAACUGGAUAGUCUCCGUUCGAGAUUAUACUACCAAUGGGACAUUAAAAACUGUAAUAUCUUAUGUUUCACCGAGUUGUAGCUGAACGACGACACAGAUAAUAUAGAACUGGCUGGGUUUUCCGUGCAUCGGCAGGACAGAACAGCUACGUCUGGUAAGACGAGGGGUGGGGAUGUGUGUCUAUUUGUUAAUAACAGCUGGUGCGCGAUGUCUAAUAUUAUAGAAGUCUCGAGGAAUUGCUCAUCUGAGGUAGAGUACCUCAUGAUAAGCUGUAGACCACACUAUCUACCAAGAGAGUACUCAUCUAUAUUAUUCGUAGCAGUCUAUUUACCACCACAAACCGAUGCUGGCACUAAGACCGCACUCAAUGAGCUGUAUAUGGCCAUAAGCAAACAAGAAAACGCUAAUCCAGAAGCAGCGCUCCUAGUGGCAGGGGACUUUAAUGCAGGCAAACUUAAAUCAGUUUUACCUAAUUUCUACCAGCAUGUCACAUGUGCAACCAGAGGAAAAAAACUCUAGACCACCUUUACUCCACACACAGAUACGCAUACAAAGCUCUCCCUCGCCCUCUAUUUGGCAAAUCUGACCUUAAUUAUAUCCCCCUGAUUCGAGCUUACAAGCAAAAACUAAAUCAGGAAGUACCAGUGACUCGCUCAAUACGGAAGUGGUCAGAUGAAGCGGAUGCUACACUACAGGACUGUUUUUCUAGCACAGACUGAAAUCUGUUCCGGGAUUCAUCCAAUGGCAUUGAGGAGUAUGCCACCUCAGUUACCGGCUUUAUCAAUAAGUGCAUCAACUACGUCAUCCCCACAGUGACCGUGCAUACAUAUCCCAACCAGAAGCCAUGGAUUACAGGCAACAUCCGCACCGAGCUAAAGGCUAGAGCUGCCGCUUUCAAGGAGCGGGACACUAAUCCGGACGCUUAUAAGAAAUCCCACUAUACCCUCAGACGAACCAUAAAACAGGUAAAGCGUCAAUACAGGACAAAGAUUGAAUCCUACUACACCGGCUCUGACGCUCGUCGGAUGUGGCAGGCCUUGCAAAACUAUUACGGACUACAAAGGGAAACCCAGCCGCGAGCUGCCCAGUGACGUGAGCUGACCAGACGAGCUAAAUGCCUUUUAUGCUCGAUUCGAGGUAAGCAACACUGAAGCAUGCAUGAGAGCACCAGCUGUUCCGGACGACUUUGUGAUCACAGUCUCCAUAGUCGAUGUGAGCAAGACCUUUAAACAGGUCAACAUUCACAAGGCCACGGUGCCAGAUGGAUUACCAGGAUGUGUACUCAGAGCAUGCGCGAACCAACUGGCAAGUGUCUUCACUGACAUUUUCAACCUCUCCCUGACCGAGUCUGUAAUACCUACAUGUUUCAAGCAGCACCAUAGUCUCUGUGCCCAAGAAGGCGAAGGUAACCUGCCUAAAUGACUACCACACUGUAGAACUCACGUCGGUAGCCAUGAAGUGCUUUGAAAGGCUGGUCAUGACUCAUAUCUACACCAUCAUCCCGGAAACCCUAGACCCACUCCAAUUCGCAUACUGCCCCAACAGGUCCACAGAUGAUGCAGUACAGGUGGUAAGGGUAUGCAACAACACAUCCGCCACUCUGAUCCUCAACACUGGGGCCCCUCAGGGGUGCGUGCUUAGUCCCUUCCUGUACUCCCUGUUCACCCACGACUGCGUGGCCAAGCACGACUCCAACACCAUCAUUAAGUAUGCUGACGACACAACAGUGGUAGGCCUGAUCACCGACAACGAUGAGACAGCCUAUAGGGACCAAGACAGUCGUGAAGGGGGCACGACAACACCUUUUCCCCCUCAGGAGACUGAAAAGAUUUAGCAUGGGUCCCCAGAUCCUCAAAAAGUUCUACAGCCACACCAUCGAGAGCAUCCUGACCGGUUGCAUCACCGCCUGGUGUGGCAUCUGCUCGUCAUUUGACCGUAAGGCGCUACAGAGGGUAAUGCGUACGGCCCAGUACAUCACUGGGGGCAAGCUUCCUGCCAUUCAGGACCUCUAUACCAGGCGGUGUCAGAGGAAGGCCCAAAAAAUUGUCAAAGACUCCUGUCACCCAACUCACAGACUGUUCUCUCUGCUACCGCACAGCAAGCGGUACCGGAGCGCCAAGUCUAGGUCCAAAAGGCUCCUUAACAACUUCUACCCCCAAGCCAUGAGACUGCUGAACAAUUAAUGGCCACCCAGACUAUUUACAUUGACCCCCCAUGCAUAGUCACUUUACCCUACCUAUGUGUACAAAUUACCUCGACUAACCUGUACCCCCACACAAUGACUGGGUACCGGUACCCCCUGUAUGUAGCCUUGUUAUUGUUAUUUUAUUGUGUUACUUUGUAUUACAUUUUUUACUAUUUAGUUUAUUUAGUAAAUCUUUUCUGAACUCUAUUUCUUGAACUGCAUUGUUAAGGGCUUGUAAGUAAGCAUUUUACGGUAAGGUCUACACCUGUUGUAUUCGGCGCGUGUGACAAAUAAAAUUUGAUUUGAUUUUGUUUUGGUUGUUGUUAGUGACUCUUUGUUAGUUUCCCCUUCUGUUUGAUCGACAACUUUUGGUUUCUUGCAGGGGAAUGUAACAUAGCUAGCUAGCAGGCUAACGUUAGUGCCUCGUUAGUGGCUAGCUACCGUUGGUUCAGUUUCGUUUUCCUCUUCUGACAGAGAAGACACAGCAUAUGUAUAGCCUGUAUGAUGUCCAGCCCUGGUGCCCUGAUGUCCCAUUUCCUUUUGCGCUGUGAUCCAGGUAUGGGGAUUCGAUAUGAAAUGUGUGUGCGGGUUUUUGUCUAUGAAUCCGUUUUAGUGUCAGAUUCAAUAGCCAUUUGGCUAGUUGGCUCAUUCAUUUAUUUUUCUAUGAACAUUAUUUAUGAUAUUAAUUGAGAACAUGGUUUAUAUUGUAUCUGUGAUUUCAUAACUCUUUUUAUUCAUAUUGUGGGUCAUUUAAAUUAUAUUUGUUAUGGUGAAACACUGGCUGUGUCCGAAAUCUGGCUUGCCUACUACUUACUUAAACUGCAUACUUUGUACUAAUCGUACUAGGUACUAUUUAGCAUGUACUGUUUAGUAAAAUGUAUGCAGUACAGAUGUAGGAUCUACAUUUUAGCUAGUUUGCUACAGCAGGAAAAUAAUCCUGCAGUAACAGGAUAUGUGAAUUAUUAUGUGGAUUAUAAUUAAUGGACAGUUUUGUAGGGUAUGAUACAUUCUUCAUUAGGGCAAAUUAAAUCAGAAAUUUCAAAGUGGAAUUUAUAAACUUUGGAAGCCUUUUUAAAACUAAAAUACACUGCAAGUUUGCAUUUCCUGCUCUGCAGAAAAAUUCUCAGCAACAAAAUAGUGAUAAAAUUAAGAUCCUACAUCUGUAUGACAUGGCCGAAAUGUACUUAUUUUGGUGUGUUCAAGGAAUUCGGAAACAAAACGAGCUCAGAUUGGGAAAAGUUGUGACGUCAGUGAUUUUCAGGUCGGAGCUCGAGUUUCUGAGUUGGAUAACCAUUCAAAACUAUUUUCCCCAGUCGGAGCACUGUAGUGUCGAGUUAAAGUGUUGCUAAUAAUGCUGUAACAAAGGAGUCCGCUUAUACUGAACUUUGAUCACAAGUUUUAUUCAUAUCACAAGAUUUCAGCAUAAGUGUACAGGUGUCCAGAUCACCCGGAGAACAGCGUUUCCCAAAUUGUAAUGGCCGCUCUAACGUUCUCUGUUCAAACCCAGUAUUUAUAAUCUUCCCCAAAAUAUGGGUGGCUCCCUCUACUGUCCAAUCCCCUGUCUUGUAUGGGGCGUCACCCUAAAAACCAUUCCCUUUGACACUAAAUAAACAUCCUCUCAGAUUCCACUUAAAACCUUAACUAAGUCAUAAUCUUAAUACACUACAUAUUUCCCCCCUUCGAGACUAACUAAAAGUCUCGAAAACAAAAAGAAUAGGAUUAUGACAAGUAACAAUUUCUCUUAUUGAGUAUCUUUAACAAUAAACCCCAAAACACUUUUCUCUGGAGUGUAAAUACCUUUCUAUGAAAUAUGAACAAAUCUUUAUGAAGUGUGAAUACAUUACUAUGAAAUAUGAACAAAUCUUUAUGAAGUGUGAGAGCGAAAAACCUGUCUGGCAGCCUUCUUUCCAAAUAUCCAUCCAUCAAUCAAGACAGUAAAAUUCUCUCACGGCCCCUCUGCCCCAGGCAACCACCUAGGUACUCCAGAUCAAUUCAUAAAUCUUUAUCAAUGCAUUUGAAACUAUGAUGCAAUUAAAUACACAUGAAAGCCCCUGCAAACAAAAUACUAUCCAAAAAAUAUCCACACCAAGGCUGGUCGACCCAUCGGACCCUACGGUGGAUUAUCUCUAUCCCUGCCUAGACUCCAUGUCCCUAAGCUUCCACGAAAUAAACAAAAACAUCUAAGAUCCCCACAUGUAUUCAAUAACAUCAAAUAUCAUUCUACAAAAAUUAAUACCUAAGAAUAUGACACAAAUUAUGUAUUACACAUGCAAAUAUGUCUAUAUUUCAUUGCAGACACUGGAAUGUAGUCCACUACACUUCAUCUCCUCAGCAGUCUCCUCUUCCAAUGCAUCUUCGAUGAUGGAAUUGGAACAUUUCCACACCUUCCUUGUUCCAUCUCCUCCAGUCCUUUCAUAUUCUCCUUUCAUAUUGUCCCUUCAUAUUGUCCUUGUUUGAGUAUUUCAAUCUCUACAUAUUCCCCCAAAUGCUUCUGGAAGGAAAGAAAAGACCAAACAGUAUCUUUUGCAAAACAACACUUUCAAAUUAAAACAUCAAUUAAACAUAAUAUAAAAAAUGAUAUAAAAUGAUAUAUGAAUCACAUUAUCUUAUUUCCCCCCUUUGAUUCAUAACAAAAUACUAAAAUCACACUAAUAUUGAAAAACAUUUGAAAAAUGAUCAAAUAAUCAAAAAAAAAAAAAAGAAGAUAUUUAUCCAUCAAUACUCCAUCCAGUCCCACUUGUCCCUCUUCAUCCAGAUCAGGAACAGUCAACAACGGCAUCUGAGUGUUGUCUCCAGGCAUCACUACUCCAACCCAUCUCAAUAUCAUAGCUUUCUCAAAGGUCAGUAACAAAUUACAAAAGAAAAACAUCACACACAGUGCCAUCAAAGCUGCUAUUAAAUCUGAACUAUCACUGCUCCCACUGGGCCUAACUGAUCUUGCAACCAAGACUUCACUGACCAUCCAGCUCCUUCAGAUCUACCAAAUGCAUCCCUUAUAUUCUUCAAUGCAUCUAUAACACUAGUGAUAUUAUCUGAACUAUCUGGAAUCAAAGUAUAGGUAAUAUUAUCAAUAUGAUCUUCCCAAAUUUUACACCAUAGAAAAAUCCCCACUUCUCUCUUAGACUUAUCCUCCAAUGAUAGGCUUCCCAGACUAUGAAAUUCCUCUAAAAUUGGUGCUGGAGGUAUCUGCUCCCUUGUAAUCAAAUGCAAUAUAUUUAUGGCUUUAAUAACUAUCAAUGUUGAAAGAGUUAAAUUGCUUCCCACUGUUGUUAUAAUAGACUGAAGUGUUGAUGUCCUUGUUGUUACUUCAUCCAUUCUCCCUAAGACUUUUAACUCCUUACUUGUAUUUCCAUCUAUCACCACUAGUGUCACUACAUUCACUCUCUCUUCCUACUAACAUUGAAACUUAGCUUACUGUCCUAGAGUUCCUUCAACCCUAGGUUUCCUAACUUUUUUAAUCUAAUCUUUUCUCCUAACUUUUAAAAACAUUUUCCACUGAUUUAUUCACAAAAGCCUUUACCACCAAUUUUUAGAAUAUGUGAUUGGGAAGUCCCCACCUGCUUCUGACUUCUUUACACACAGACUUGGCAAACGAUCUUUUAGCCUAGUUUGAAAUCUCUUUCCCCUCUUGGUGUAGGAAUGUAACCAAGAAUAACAGUCACCACUUUUAACUUUAUUUUUCAGACAGAUUGUCUAAUAGGCAGUCUAAUAGAUUCCCAAAAACCCUACUCUUUUAAAGCCGUCUAGUGUACAUCUUAUUGUACAGUUCAAUUUACACAAUGCAUCUCUUCCCAACAAUGCAAUAGGUAUAUGUUCUAAUACCAGUAUGUGUAUUUUAAUUUCUCUUAGAUUUUUUAUAGCAGAGCUCAAUUGGUUCCUUCAGAGUAAUCAGCUGUUUUACUCCCUCAAAUCCCUAUCCUAAUUAGUUAAUUUUACAUAGUGAGAUGUUUAACCUCUUUAGGCUCAACACAGAUAAAAGCUUUUCCACUAUCACUUCUCCUAGUCCUUUUUCUUUUCACUUCAAUUGUUAGAUAUUUUUCCUUCCUAAUUGGUGCUACCAGCUGACACCCCCCUUCGGAUCUUCUAGGCACUCUAGAAUCCUUGCUCCUUUAAGGGUUCACCUGGAGGACAGGUGAUCUACACUUGCUCCUUUAUCUUCCUCAGAAAUUCCCUCUGUUGUUUCCUCCUGGCGCAUUGCACUCACAGGUAAAGUAACCAACCUGUCCACAAUUAUAACACACUUCUGAAAGUUGCUGGAAGUGUGGCUGAAACCUUCCUCCUCCUUCUAAGCCUUCUCGUCCUCUUCCUCUCCAAUUCUGUGUCUGUCCAGAAACUGGCUGUGGAUAUGGAACAACUGGAACCGCUAUUGGUGGCUGAUACAAUUGCGAUUGGAACUGGUCCUGUUGAAGCUGUAGCAGUGAUUGUUGAUUUGGUUCACUCUGAUUAUUCAUAACCAAAGCUUGUUUCUUCUCCUUAUUCUCCACCAGUUGUAUUUGAUUGAGUUUUCUGAGAGUUUCUUGGUCCUGUUCUUUCUGGUUGUGUUCCUUUUUUCUGUACAAAUCCACUUGAUGGGCUAUAUGAUCUGUAUAGACGCCUUUUGUCAUGCUUCCAAGUCCAACCACCUCUGCCAGUUUACUCCUUACUGGUGAGGGCAGUCCCAUCUGCAAUUUAGCUCUCAAAAUUGACUGCUCAAUUUGACUCACAUCUGGAUCAUUUCCAGUAAUAUUUCUCCACACUUGAUGGACUCUUGACACAUAGGCUCUCGGAUUUUCUUGUUGUCCUAGUGGGUCAAUCAGAAUAUUAUCAGGAUGCACAUUUGUUGGAAAUGUAUCUUUCAAUGCUCUCCACAGACGAUUCCUACUUGCAGCCAACAAUUCAGGAUCAUUCACUGCAGUCCCCACAUAUCUAUUCAGUCCCGCUCUCUGAAAAAUUUAUCCAGGAGAUUAGCAAAAAGUCUCUUAAUAUCUCCUAUAGCAGACUGUGUUCCCACUGUAAUUUCUUCCAAUUUUGAAAUCCAAGGAUAGGCUCCAUCUUGAAGAGUAGGCAACUUCUCAAGUAUAUCUGACAUAUCGGUACUUUGCAAAGGCUUAUAUUCUAAGUUUCGACCUCGAAUGAUCACCGGCAUAAUUUUCUUACUAGUGCCCUCUUUCCUUGGCCUCAAUGUAUAUUUCUUCUCAGAUCAUUGGGAUUCUUUUCUCAGCAGCUUCUUUUUCUUUAUCUUCAGCUUCUUGAGUUGUUCCAGUUCUUUUACUUCUUCUAAACUAGUCGCUUUAUCCAGGCAUGAGAAGCAUCGGUCUAUAUCUCUUUCUAUUUCUUCUGUGCUAGUCAUUGCUGGAUAAAAUCCUCUUGAAUAUGAAGCACCCUUACUCUCCCACUCUUUAUCGCUGUCUUCAUCUUCGCUUUUAUCAGAACUCAAAUCUCUUGUUGUCUUCUUCAAACAUCCAUCACCCCUUCUUUCCUCUCUUGCCAACCUCCGUCUGAUCACAGGGUCAUAUCCACCCAUGAUUUCUUCUGAAUCACUCUGAUCAUCAUCAUCAUCAUCAUCGUCGUCGUCUUCAUCAAGUUCCAUUCUCCUGAACCUCAUUCUACCCUUAGUUUCCAGACAUCUCGGUUUUUUCUUACUUCUGGAGUUUGGAUUCAUUUUUAUGGUCGUUUCUGCUUGUCCUCUCUCUAUUAUUCGUUCAUCUUCAUCUCUGAUGCAAUAAUCACCCUCCUGGAUGAUCACCGGAAGCUGAGGAUAAACGUCGUUAAGCUCUACUUCUUUCUCAUAAGGUGGGGAUCUUUUUGCUGAAUCCGUAUGUGAGAAAGGUGUACUGACUUCUGCCAUUAGUUUUUCUGUCGCCUUCUCUUCCUUUAGCAUUUUCUCUAUACCUUUGUUUAUCUUAUCGCUGGCAUCUUUCAUCAGUUUUUGUCCUUCAUUCUCAAACAGCUUAAGAACACCCAGCUCUCUUUGUCUCUUUUCUUUACGUUGUUCCCCCUUUUUCCCUUUCUUUUGAUCUGCUUUAUGAAUUGACAGAAACACUUUCAUGAUGUUGAUGACGUCAGGGUUAAGAGUCCCUUCCACUGGCCAUGGUUGUUCAAUGUCAGGCCAACGUUUGUUCCAUUUGCCAGAUAACUUUGCAAUCCCAUUAACUAGAGGAUUACUAUUUUGUACUAUAUCAACAGGUGUAAUUACCUUCAUAGUCCUUAUAUCCUUUUUCCCCAUUGUAACAACUCUUUUAUAUUCCUUUAAUGUGAAUUAUUUCAUUUUAGACUAUAUAGCCUAUGGCUUCCUCCAUUUAAUUAUUAACAUAUAUAUAUAUAUUUUUUUAUUAAUCAAUAAAAACAUGAAUAUUCAAAAAGAAUUAAUUAAAACAUUUUUUUUCUAUUUUUUUUAAAUUAAACAAUUAAUCAAUAAAUUUAUGAAUAAUCACAAAUAUUUUUUUAUUUAUAUUUCCUAUUUUACUAAUUUAUCAAUUAGUGGCUAUCAUACCCUUCUUGAUUGAAGGUGGUAUGUAUAAUAUCUAUAAUCCAGCAACACUACAGUACUCAUAAACCCCAUUGCUUAAUAAGCAUCCAAUUAUCUCAAUCUUACAGAAUAAUGUCAGUACUCGAUUCCCAACAGUACUUGACUUUUGUCAAGUCUUUGUCAAAUUGUCAUAACAUCAAAUAUCCUGUAGGGGAAGACUUUGUAAACAGAAGUCUGAUUUUGACUCGAUCCUCUGUCGCGUCACACCUUGUCACGUGAUGUACACGUCAGCACCUCUCUUUCUCUCUCUCUCCUCGUUCCUCCUAUCGUCCCUCAUAUGACAAAAGAACAUAGAAACAGACAAGAAUUUAAGUAGUUUAUGCAGUCACUGAGUUACUUCAACCAUUCAAUAUUCCUCCGUUCACAUUCGCUCUAAGAAUCAACUCAGGAAUCGCAUAAACAGCUCAAUCUUUUUUUUAUUUUGUUUACUUAUUUAAUUACUUUUAUUUUUAAUCCGUCAACAUCUCUCUCAUUUAUCAAUUCAAUAGGUCUCAUGAAAACAGUUUCAUCUUCAAACAACAGCCGAUGUAACAACCAGAACAUUCCAUUCGUGUUCAAAUCUCUCUCUGUCUUUUGUUCCUUCGUCUGUGUCUCCCCCCUUGCACAGUGUAACAGAGGAUUGACCUAUUUACCCCUACGUCACUAUAGUGUCGUAAAAUCACACGUGUCGUAAUCAAAUGUCGUAAAAUCACACGCAUGCGCAGUACAUUCAUCACUACGAUUCCACCGUGGAAGCAGCUCCAGACAACAGAACGUUAGCAUUCUGCUAUAGCUCCUCUCUUUUACCCUUUAUAGACAAACAAUAACACUUAACAGUUCACAAGAUACCAGGCACCAAGCCCAAGCUAACUAAACACAUUUCUGGUGGCUCGUCCCAUUCCAAUGGACCACCAAGGAAGAAAUAUUAAUCAUAACCCCGCAUUAAAAAUUGGCAUGUAGCAUGAAUUAGCAUUAGCAUUAGCAUGUAGCAUGAAGCAUAAUUAGCAGGCCACGUUAGCAUUUCUCCCUCCGCCGUGCCAUAAAAUUCCAUUUGUUAGCUAAAUUUGUGCUACCAUGAGAACUGUGGAAUCGACACGAGAGAUUGCAUCAAACAAGCCAUUCGUCAACCGCCAGCUGAGGGGCAACAUACAUCAUCAAUAUACCACGGUCUCAAGCCCAUAGGACUCACCUAAAACACAUCUAACGCGUUAUAGGAUUUCUGGCCCACCUUUAGGAGGUCGCCUGUCUACCAGGUCUUGUCCAUGAUUCACAGCGGCUCUAAGUUACAUACACAUCUGCCUAGGCAUUCCUUAUUCCUCUCUCAAUCGAUCGUUUUUUAACUCUCAUUCAAGCCAAAUAUCUCUAUAGACACUCUAUAGAUACUCUCUCCCCCCUUUUGCGCUGUCUACCAGUGCAAACAAGUUUAGAAUGGUUAGGCCAGACCCCUUAUAGUCAACAGCAAUAAAAGCAACACAAAGCACACAUCGGUCCCCAACGGUACAUCUCUCCAGCGCACAUACCCAUAACCAGACGAACGAAACGCACACAAGACCGUGAGAAAUCUCACCUUAGCCGGCGCCUUGAGCGAGAGUCACGUCGUUGCUCAUGAAUAUAACACUGAAGAGACGCAGACCGUCCCUUUUCGUGACGCCAUUUUGUAGUGUCGAGUUAAAGUGUUGCUAAUAAUGCUGUAACAAAGGAGUCCGCUUAUACUGAACUUUGAUCACAAGUUUUAUUCAUAUCACAAGAUUUCAGCAUAAGUGUACAGGUGUCCAGAUCAUGGCCUCUCUAACGUUCUCUGUUCAAACCCAGUAUUUAUAAUCUUCCCCAAAAUAUGGGUGGCUCCCUCUACUGUCCAAUCCCCUGUCUUGUAUGGGGCGUCACCCUAAAAACCAUUCCCUUUGACACUAAAUAAACAUCCUCUCAGGUUCCACUUAAAACCUUAACUAAGUCAUAAUCUUAAUACACUACAGCACAUUUUUUUUCCCAGAGUUCCCUGUUGUCUUGAAUACACCAUCAGUUACGACUUCAUAUGAACUGGAAAGGAUCAUCUGUAGCCCCACCCAGUUGCCUUUCGUGUUAUUGUUUUGGGCUAACAUUAGCUAGCUAAGUAGCUAGCAAUUGGAACAACGUACUUGGAGUAAACUUGAGUGUACCGUAGGCCUGAGCAUGUAUCAAUUGAAGAGUCAUCUGAAUCCUGAGAGGAGAGAUUCAGUAGAGGAAUGCAGUGCUGAGGCAAAGGAUGACUGGCUACUACUCUGAACUGUGUUCUGUGAGCUUUCUGGCGCUGCUGAGGCAUCACCCAAGUGGGUGCAUUACAUUGUGAAGGAGGAAAAUUCCAGUGGCUACACGACUCCAUUUUCAUCAGCCUGACCACCCUCUCCAUCUUUUGAGGAUGCAUGCACUCAAAGACAUGGCCUCCAUUGGUUGACCUAGCUAGCUAUAGCUAAGCUACUCAUGAUGAAGUAUUGGUUGACCUAGCUAGCUAUAGCUAAGCUACUCAUGAUGAUGUAUUGGUUGACCUAGCUGGCUAUAGCUAAGCUACUCAUGAUGAUGUAUUGGUUGACCUAGCUAGCUACAGCUAAGCUACUCAUGAGGAUGUAUUGCUUGUUUGUUUUUUGUUUUUGAUUCUCUAUAAGAUUAUAAGUGAAACAAGCAAGAGCAAUGUGCGGGUUUCUUUUUUUCUUUCGAUUGAUAUAUUUGUUUUAUUAAAUGUCCUCUGGUCUGAUGAAACAAAAAUGGAACUGUUUGGCCAUAAUGACCAUCGUUAUGUUUGGAGGAAAAAGGGGGUUGCUUGCAAGCCGAAGAACACCAUCCCAACCGUGAAGCACGGGGGGACUGGUCAACACCACAAAAUAGAUGGCUUCAUGAGGAAGGAAAAUUAUGUGGAUAUAUUGAAGCAACAUCUCAAGACAUCAGUCAGGAAGUUAAAGCUUGGUUGCCAAUGGGUCUUCCAAAUGGACAAUGACCCCAAGCAUACUUCCAAAGUUGUGGCAAAAUGGCUUAAGGACAACAAAGUCAAGGUAUUGGAGUGGCCAUCACAAAGUCCUGACCUCAAUCCUAUAGAAAAUGUGUGAGCAGAACUGAAAAAGCGUGUGCGAACAAGGAGGCCUACAAACCUGACUCAGUUACACCAGCUCUGUCAGGAGGAAUGGGCCAAAAUUCACCCAACUUAUUGUGGGAAGCUUGUGGAAGGCUACCCGAAACAUUUGACCCAAGUUAAACAAUUUAAAGGCAAUGCUACCAAAUACUAAUUGAGUGUAUGUAAACGUCUGACCCACUGGGAAUGCUGAAAUAAAUCAUUCUCUCUACUAUUAUUCUGACAUUUCACAUUCUUAAAUAAAGUGGUGAUCCUAACUGACCUAAGACAGGGCAUUUUUACUAGGACUAAAUGUCAGGAAUUGUGAAAAACUGAGUUUAAAUGUAUUUGGCUAAGGUGUAUGUAAACUUCCAACUUCAACUGUAUAUAUAUUGUAAGGGUAGGCCUACAACUACUACUCUGUGAGUGAAUAGAGCAGAUGGUGUUAACAACUGUAGCAGAUAUAUUUGCCUAGUGGCGGGUGCUGUUGACUUUUGGCCGCAUGAUAACUUUGUUUUUAUUUACCAUUCAGCUUAUAAAAUGAGAAAUAACACAAACAUACAUUUUGGUAAGAAAUGAUGUGGUAUUUUUGCUCCAACAGUAACGUUAUACAAUUCUAUAUUCAGUGAUCUUGCGGCAUUGAUUCAACUUGACCAAACAAGCACCAUUGUGAGAGGUGGCAGAGAGACGCGCCGGUGCACUCCGGGUAGCACUACACCCCCUGAUUGGAACAUCAAGCCAAAAUCGUAUGUUAGUGUGUUCUAUUAAGGCAUUUUCCUAUGCGACAAAGAACAUGUAUCAUGUGAAAUGUAACUCUGUGUUUGAGAUAAUAAUAAUAAUAAUAAUAAUAACGUUAUUUAUUUAGCACUUUUCAUUUCAAGUAACAAAGUGCCUCACAUCAUGGAGUUUAUACAGUCUCUCUCUCUCUCUCUCCCCCUCCCUCCAGUUCAGUGAUGACCUUCCCAGCCCCUCCCCUCUUCUCCCUUCCUCUCCUCCUUCUCCUUUUUCACCUGGACUCCGCGCACGCCUGUCGUACUGCCAGCCAAUCCCAGUGUGACUCCGCCCCCUUCGUCCCCGGUCACAACCUGGCAGGGGAGGGAUUUGACAUGGUGACCCUGAAACGUAAAGGGGCCUACCUGAUUGACCUGAAGACCUACCUGUCCCGCAGUAAAUCCUGUACGCUGUGUCGUAACCCCCUACAGGGGAACGAGCUGCAGAAAAUACCCCUGUCUGUUGUAGACUGGAGGCCCUACAGCCACUGUACUGAGGAUAUCUCCAGCCACUCUCAUACCUCUGUCAGGUGAGUAGGAUGGUUUCUGACUGCUUUGGAAAACUUUACAAAGUUUACUUAAUGGACAUUUUCUUUUUUGGAUAGUAAAGAUCUCUUCUCUCCUCUCCUCCAGUAACCUGGCACAGUCCAUGACCAACGAGAUCUCUACAAAAUGGAAGCUUGGUUUGAGUAAUGAGGCGAAGGUGUCCGUAAGCAUACCUUUGGGGGUGGUGAGUGUGAGUGUGGAGAAGGAGGUGGGCGGGAGAAUAGAGAUGGGAGGGUCCCAGUCGGAUGUAGCCAUCUUUGCCACGACCAAGACCAAAGACGACAGCCACUCCUUCUUCUCACAGAAUCUCCGCUGCCGCCACUACAGGUAAUAAUAAUAAUUAUUAUUAUAAUAAUAAUAAUGAUUUGUUUAACUUUCAUAGCGCUUCCCUUACAGAUAAAACACAUGAAUUUCACAGGUGAUGUUAUGUGAUGUUAAUGUGAUAACGUGACAACAUUUAAAAGCAACAUGUGAUAACAUGAAACUACACAUGUGAAAACACGAUCUCAUGUGAAACAUUUUUAACAACAUGGGGAUGCAAAAUGUCAACAUGACAACAUUCUAGCUAGACAAAAACCUCCAAGGGACCAUGCAAAAACAUCCCAAGAACGUCCUAAAAACGUCCUCGGGGACAUCCCUGGAACAAACCGGGAACUAGACAGAAACCUCCAAGGGACCAUGAAACUGCAUCCCAAAAACAUCCUAAAAACGUCGUCAGGGACAUCCCUGGAACAAAACGGUAACUAGACACAAAAAAAGUCAUCAUUUCGAAAGCAUUUUUUUUCCCCCCUAAAUUUUAGUACUUUGUCAAACAACUACCGACAUAAAAACCUCAUGUAUGAUGAUUUCUGUGUUAAUAUGGAGGAAUGAAAAAUAAUCUAUAUGUUGUAUACUAGUGGUGCAUGGCUUAGCUAAGAAUGUGGUCUCAAUAGUAAAAAAAACUAAAAGAUUGUGAUAAAAGCACCAAAUUUGGCACAGAGGUAGAUGAGUAUGUACUCUGAAAAGAUACAGUUACGGAGCCAGCCCAGAUUUGGCUCCUGGGAGGCGUGGCAGUCACGAUAACAAAACAAUUACAAAUAUUUAAAUACCUAUUUAGAUUCCGGUUAAUGUCCCCUAUACGUAGUUGAGAGUCUCAUCUUUCAGAUCCAAUUGGAACUGAGUUGAUAGCCCAUAGCGUUCCAAAGCUAGAGCUAAAAGUCUGACGGCACCGGCGUCCAUGUCGUCUAUAGCGCCCAUAUCAGUGGCUAUCUUAUAGGUCGUACCGGUACGUCAGAUUAACACAGUUUCCUCAGCCUCUGAGUAUCACAGCAACACAACAGUUUGAAGGAAUAACAUAAACAUUUUCAUGGCAAGAUGCUAUGGAUCAAAAUAAUGUAUUUUUAAACAUCGACUUUGACUAUAAAUGUGUGAAAAGUUUUCAACUCUUUGGGGAAUUUAAACCACUUACUUGUGUUACAAAAGGUUCAUAAUAAAAAGUGUUACUGUUUGACAGAAAUGUAUUUUUGCUAUAAUUUCCCAUUUGGGGUCAACACUGACACCUGUUGGUGCUUUAGAGGUUGAAAUACAGGUAACUGCUCAAAUAAAGGAACCACAUGAGUAAAUGAGGGAUACAAAGUAUAUUGAAAGCAGGUGCUUCAACACAGGUGUGGUUCCUGAGAAAUUCCUAAGCAACUAAAAUCACAGCAUGCGUAGGGUCAUGUAUAAAAUAGCUGGGCAGGCCCAGUUGCCCCAUUAUUUUAUCUACCAUGGCCCACAUAGGAUGAUAAUGCCCCCAUCCACAGUCGUCACUGAAUGGUUUGAUUAGCAUAUUUUUUACUGAACUGUGAAUGAAAACAUAAUUUUCCAGAACAUUCUGGGAACGAUUGCUAUAGGUUGGAGGAAGUGAUUGGCUUGCUCUGAAAAGUCAGUGCUAAUAACCCUGCUAUGGAACAUGACCAGCUAGCCCUGGGCCAAGGUUGGCAUGUGUUAGUAGCUGCUUAACCCCAGGCUUAAAUGUCUCUUAGCCCAUGCAGGUCUAAGUGCAGUGUGAACACAGCUAGAAAGGAUCAAAAAGUACAGCAAGUGGGUCAAUUUAAACAAAUACAAAUACAAUCCUUCUUUCCAUUCCACGCAGAAGGAAGUCUUUGGACUGUUAUGUUGUAGGGAGCUCAUUCCAGGGUUGGCUUGCUGGAGAAACUAAAGUAUUUCUGAUUUAAAGCUUUAAAUCAGUAUUUUUUUUUAUGUCAAUGGCAUGUAUCACCUUGUUUUAAAAAUAUGAAUAUAUAUGUUGAAACCAUACACUUUCUGCAAGAAUCUCAUCUGUCUAUAAUUAAUUGUAAAAUAAUUAGGCGGGACUGGGCAGGGAUGACAUUCUCUACUUUUAAAUCAACAAUCUUUUUUACCACUAAUUGGUCUUUUGACUAAUCAGAUCAGCGUUUCAAUAAUUGGGCAAAAGAUCAGAAUUGGUGUGCCUGUGUAAACGCAGCCAUAGUGUCACAGGUACAUUGUCAGUGUGUCCCCGGCCCAGAAUGGGCUUUACCCAUAACAUUCAACACUGGCAGUUAUUAAACAGGUCAUACACAUGUAUGAGUUUCAUGCAAUACACAGAACACUAGAAAUCAUGUGUAUUACAGAAAAGGACAACUACGCAGUCAGUAUCUAUAAUACAUCUCUGCAUUUUGCAAAAGAGUGCCAUCUGCACUGCUAUUUUAGUUAUCAGUUAAUCUGACUUGUCACGCCCUGAUCGAGAGAACUCUUGUUGGUUGGGUCAGGGUGUGAGUUUCUGUUGAAUUCAAUGUUAUUGUAUUUCUAGGUUGUAGAUCUAGUUUGAGAUUUCUAUGUUUGGCCGGGUGUGAUUCCCAAUCAGAGGCAGCUGUCGCUCGUUGUCUCUGAUUGGGGUUUAUACGUAGGUGGCCUGGUUGCCUACCUUAGUUGUGGGAUCUUGACUCGUGUUUGGCUUAUUAGUGUGAAGCCAUUGUUUGAGCUUCACGUUACGUUGCUUUUGUUGUUUUGGUCAAGUGUUUAUCGUCUUUAAUAAACAUGUACGCAUACCACGCUGCACCUUGGUCUGACCCGUCUCUCAACGAUCGUGACAUGACUAUUCUCUCAUCAUUGAUUUCAUUGACUUAUUUCAGCAACUUGAGGGUUUUCUGUAUAGUUGUAUAAUUUUGGUGUGUCUGUUUUAAUAUUACUACUGAAUCACUAUGAUAAAUAUAAUAGUUUUUCUUGAAUGUAUUUUUAACAAAGUGUAGGAAUACUGGUAAAAUCAGUCAUUGACACAGACAUGGUGGCGUAGUAGGAAGAUUGGAAUGCCGUGAACCAAGAGGUUGUGAGUUCAAAUCCCAGGUGAGGAAAUGCUGAAUAAUAAUGACUGUUAAAUAAACAGACACAAUGUAGUCAAAGUGUGUCAAAUAUGUAAGUUGAAAACGCUAUGUUAAAAGCACUGUGUGUAUCCCAACGACAAACAGGGUAUCACAUUUGAAAAUUUGAAUCCACAUGUGAAACGUGACGUGAUCACAUGUAAAAAUCCACAUGUGAAAUAUCAUCACGUAAAGUGUUCCAAAAACACAUGGUUUCACAUGUGCAAAUCGUGGAAUUUUCCAAUGUGAAAUCAUGUGUUUUUUCCGUAAGGGUUUUCAUUUCAUAAAGGCUUUGUUCACACAGUCACCCCAGUUCCGAUGUAUUAGCAUAUCUAAUACAUAUAUGAUAUUUUCCCCAAUGUGUGAACAGCAACAUUGGAAUCUGAUCUUUUGAGUUCCGAUUUGAAACACAUUCAAGCUGAAGUGGAUUUUUCGCAUGAACCUGUUGUUACCGCGGCACCCACCAAAAUGUUGUAAGGACCAUUGCUUCUGUGUGCUGUAUGCUGGGAAAGGGUAAACCGAUUGUAGAUUAAGGUCAUCUCUGUGUCGUAUUUUAAUUCACAUCUGAUAUGCUAAUUCCUGUGUUCCAGUUAUCGCACGCCAAACAUUCCUACUCUCAGUGAUGAGUUCCGUAAAGACAUCAAUCUUCUGCGCUCGUACUCUAAGACCACCAAGGCCCAGUACCGCCGGCUCAUAGACACCUACGGGACUCACUACAUCCGCCAGGUUGACCUGGGAGGCCGGCUGACAAGGACCACAGCAAUACACACCUGUCAGGCCUCACGCAGUGGCCUCUCUACAAAGCAGGUGACUUACUUAGUCUCAAUGCUUGCUGUAAUAGAGGACAUUUUCUACAGGAAUUCAAAAAGCAAACUGUAACCAUUACAUACCACCAGAGGCAUAUACUGUUAGAGCAGGGCUCUCCAACACUGUUCCUGGAGAGAUACCCUCCUGUAGGUUUACAUAUAUCUAGUCCAGGGCUCUCCAACCAUGUUCCUGGAGAGAUACCCUCCUGUAGAUUUAUAACUAUCUAGUCCAGGGCUCUCCAACCAUGUUCCUGGAGAGAUACCCUCCUGUAGGUUUACAUAUAUCUAGUCCAGGGCUCUCCAACCCUGUUCCUGGAGAGAUACCCUCCUGUAGGUUUACAUAUAUCUAGUCCAGGGCUCUCCAACCCUGUUCCUGGAGAGAUACCCUCCUGUAGGUUUACAUAUAUCUAGUCCAGGGCUCUCCAACCAUGUUCCUGGAGAGAUACCCUCCUGUAGGUUUACAUAUAUCUAGUCCAGGGCUCUCCAACCCUGUUCCUGGAGAGAUACCCUCCUGUAGGUUUAAAUCUAUCUAGUCCAGGGCUCUCCAACCCUGUCCUGGAUAACUAUCCUCCUGUAGGUUUACAUAUAUCUAGUCCAGGGCUCUCCAACCAUGUUCCUGGAGAGAUACCCUCCUGUAGGUUUACAUAUAUCUAGUCCAGGGCUCUCCAACCCUGUUCCUGGAGAGAUACCCUCCUGUAGGUUUAAAUCUAUCUAGUCCAGGGCUCUCCAACCCUGUCCUGGAUAACUAUCCUCCUAUAGGUUAUUCGCUCCAACGCCAGUUGAAACUAACCUGAUUCAGCUAAUUAUUGGAAUCAGGUGCACUAGAUUACAGCAAAAACCUUCAGCACAACAAUGUAUUUUAUCUAUUUCUAAACGUUUAGUUACAUUCAGAAAAUUCCAUUGAUUAAUAUUGCCCAUGUAGUAAAUGCAUCACAGUAUUUUAGGUAGAAACCUUAAAGACCAAACUCUCUGAAUACAUGGCUCUAUGUACCACCUCUCCCCUCCUCUCAGGUGGAGUCCUGCUUGUCGACAGGUUUUAAGGGGAGCCUUGGGUUUUCAGUUUCCUCUAGCGGUGAAAGCUGCUCCAAAGUUCUGGACAACCGUGACUCGAAGACCUCCUACAGCUCUAGCUUCCUCAGCCACCACACCAAGGUGGUGGGAGGCUCUGGUUGGCCGGGGGAGCUGUCACUCAACCGUAAUGACUCAGUGGGGUACCAUAGUUGGAUGAGUACCUUGAAGAACUUCCCGGACGUCAUCUACUAUUCUCUGACGCCUCUGCACCUGCUCAUACCCGACAUGGCUGUCCAGGAGGGACUGAAGGUAGCCUUUGUUUGUUAAUAUAUUUCCCUCAAAUUAAAAUCCGGACCUUUAAGCCAGUUCCACAGCUUUUUUUAUUUAUUGCCCUCUAAUCAGGGACUGAUUUAGACCUGGGACAACAGGUGGGUGAAAUAAUUUUCAGGCAGGGGUACUCAAAUACUAUUUGAGAAGGUCCAGACACAUACAUUUUUCUAGGUUGCAAAGGUCUGGCUGGAUAUUGUCAUUUAUCAGCGUAGUAACAAUCCCCCACCCAUACGACCCCAAACUGCUCACACCCCUGUUGUUGGGUAAUAUACCAUACGACCCCAAACUGCUCACACCCCUGUUGUUGGCAGAGAGAACAUUUUGGCACUUUUAAAGCUAAUUUCCUGCAAUCCUACACAUCUUGCCACAUCUUAUGUGUGUUCAUAUAAUACCUGUGACUCAACCAAAUCAAUGGGGGUUGAGGAAUAAAUACACAAUGAGUAACGAUAAUGAUAUACACUAUACAGGGGGUAUGUCACGAUCGCCAAUAAAGUAGGACCAAAGCGCAGCGUUGGGAGUGAACAUGAUGACUUUAAUGUUGAAAUAACGACAAAACAAAACACGAUCCGUAACGUCCUCAGUACACCGACUGAACAUAGAACAAAAACCCACAACCACAAGGUGAACACAGACAUUUAAAUAUGGCUCCCAAUCAGAGAUAACGAGCCGACAGCUGACACUCGUUACCUCCGAUUGGGAGUCACUGACCAAACAUAGAACGCGAACACCUAGACACUACCCACAGUACACAACACACGGAAAUCUACACACCCUGACUAAACACAAAAAGUCCUAGAACCAGAGUGUGACAGUACCCCCCCCCCAAAGGCGCGGACUGCGACCGCGCCUAACUACAAGCAAACAGGGGAGGGCUGGGUGGGCAUUCCUCCUCGGCGGCGGCUCCGGCUCCGGGCUUCCUCCCCACUUCCUCUCCAACCCCCCAAAGUACCCCUGGGCCUGUCUAGCCCCGCUGGCCGGAACCGGACUGACGACACGCGCCCCUGGCUUGGUGCGUGGAUCCUGGCUGGACGGCUCUGGCGGAUCCCGGCUGGACGGCUCUGGCGGAUCCCGGCUGGACGGCUCUGGCGGAUCCCGGCUGGACGGCUCUGGCGGAUCCCGGCUGGACGGCUCUGGCGGAUCCCGGCUGGACGGCUCUGGCGGAUCCCGGCUGGAAGGCUCUGGCGGAUCCCGGCUGGACGGCUCUGGCGGAUCCCGGCUGGACGGCUCUGGCGGAUCCCGGCUGGACGGCUCUGGCGGAUCCCGGCUGGACGGCUCUGGCGGAUCCCGGCUGGACGGCUCUGGCGGAUCCUGGCUGGACGGCUCAUGGCUGGCUGACGGAUCUGGCUGCUCAUGGCUGGCUGACGGAUCUGGCUGCUCAUGGAUGGCUGACGGAUCUGGCUGCUCAUGGCUGGCUGACGGAUCUGGCUGCUCAUGGCUGGCGGAAGGAUCUGGCUGCUCAUGGCUGGCGGAAGGCUCUGGCUGAUCCUGUCUGGCGGACGGCUCUGGCUGAUCCUGUCUGCCGGACGGCUCUGGCUGGACAGGGCUGACGACGCACCCCGUAGGCUUGGUGCGUUGAGCAGGAACAGACAGAACCGCACUGGGGACACACACCCCUGGCCCUACACGGGGAUCAGGAACGGGCCGGACCGGACUGGAAACACCCCCCAGUACCUCUCGCCGUGCCUCCACACUUUCCAUCCCCUUCGUAACCAGUGGCCCCCUUAAACUGGCGGCCAUCUCUGCCAACCUCUUGCACUCCUCCGGGCCGUACACCUUCUGCCCCGACGUCGUGAGCCCCCCCCUAAAAAUUUUCUGGGGGUCUCUCCUCUCGGUGGACCAGGCCUCCAUAGUCCUCUCCCAACCUUCGCUCUUCUGGCUCCACCACUCGUAUUCCAACUGCUGCUUGGUCUCGUUGUGGUGGGUUUUUCUGUCACGAUCGCCAAAUAAAGUAGGACCAAAGCGCAGCGUUGGGAGUGAACAUGAUGACUUUAAUGUUGAAAUAACGACAAAACAAAACACGAUCCGUAACGUCCUCAGUACACCGACUGAACAUAGAACAAAAACCCACAACCACAAGGUGAACACAGACAUUUAAAUAUGGCUCCCAAUCAGAGAUAACGAGCCGACAGCUGACACUCGUUACCUCCGAUUGGGAGUCACUGACCAAACAUAGAACGCGAACACCUAGACACUACCCACAGUACACAACACACGGAAAUCUACACACCCUGACUAAACACAAAAAGUCCUAGAACCAGAGUGUGACAGGGUACCAGUACAGAGUCGAUGUGCAGGGGUAUGAAGUAAUUGAAGUUGAUAUGUACAUAUAGGUAACUAGGCAACAGGAUGGACAAUACAUAAUAAACACAGCGUGUGUGAUGAGUGUGUUAAGUGUGUGUGUGUAGCAACAGUAUGCCUGUGUGUACGUGUUAUGUGUGUGUGUGUGUGUGUGACUGUGUGAUUGUGUGCAUAGAGUCAAAAGAGCUAGUGCAGAAAGGGUCAAUGCAGAUGGUCCAGGUAGCUAUUUGGUUAACUAUUUAACAGUCUUAUGACGUCGGGGUAUAAGCUGUUCAGGGUCCUGUUGGUUCCAGACCUGAUGCAUCGGUACCGCUUGCCAUGUGGUAGCAGAGUGAACAGUCUAUGGCUUGGGUGGCUAGAGUCUUUGGAAAAAUGUUAGGGCCUCCCUCUGACACUGGCUGGUAUGGAGGUCCUGGAUGGCAGGGAGCUUGGCCCCAGUGAUGUACUGGUCCAUACCCACUACCCUCUGUCAGCGGUUUGCGGUCGGAGGCCGAGCAGUUGCCAUACAAAGUGGUGAUGCAGCCAGUCAAGAUGCUCUCAAUGGAGCAGCUGUAGAACUUUUUGAAGAUCUGAGGCCAAAUCUUUUCAGCCUCCUGAGGGGGAAGAGGCGUUGUCGUGCCUCUUCACGACUGUGUUGGUGUGUGUGGACCAUGUUAAUUCCUUGGUGAUGUGGACAGAGGAACUUGAAGCUCUCGACCAGUUCCACUACAGCCCCAUCGAUAUGUGGACGGGGGCGUGCUCAGCCCUCCAUUUCCUAUAGUCCACGAUCAGCACUUUUGUCUUGCUGACCUUGAGGGAGAGGUUGUUCUCCCGGUACUACACUGCCAGGUCUCCUCCCUAUAGUUUCAUCUUCGUUUGUGAUCAAGCCUACCACCAUCCAUCAUGCCUACAAACUAUUUAUAUAUACACUACCAUUCAAAAGUUUGGGGUCACUUAGAAAUGUCCUUGUUUUUGAAAGAAAAGCAAUUUUUUGUCCAUUAAAAUAACAUCAAAAUGAUCAGAAAUACAGUGUAGACAUUGUUAAUGUUGUAAAUGGCUAUUGUAGCUGGAAACGGCUGAUUGUUUUUAUGGAAUAUCUACAUAGGCGUACAGAGGCCCAUUAUCAGCAACCAUCAGUCCUGUGUUCCAAUGGCACGUUGUGUUUGCUAAUCCAAGUUGAUCAUUUUAAAAGGCUAAUUGAUCACUAGAAAACCCUUUUGCAAUUAUGUUAGCACAGCUGAAAACUGUUGUACUGAUUAAAGAAGCAAUAAAACUGGCCUUCUUGAGACGAGUUGAGUAUCUGGAGCAUCAGCAAUUGUGGGUUCGAUUACAGGCUCAAAAUGGCCAGAAACAAAUAACUUUCUUCUAAAACUCGUCAGUCUAUUCUUGUUCUGAGAAAUGAAGGCUAUUCCAUGCGAGAAAUUGCCAAGAAACUGAAGAUCUCGUACAACGCUGUGUACUACUCCCUUCACAGAACAGCGCAAACUGUCUCUAACCAGAAUAGAAAGAGGAGUGGGAGGCCCCGGUGCACAACUGGGUCAAGAGGACAAGUGACAGUGACAGCAUGGAAUUCAAAUGAGGAAAUGGAGAGAAGGAGAAAAUAUAAAGUUUUCCACUCAGGAGAAAUGAGUAACCCUGUGCCACCACCGAGAGAAAACAUAGUCAGAUGAAGAGCGUUCUUCGGGGGGUGAUCCAUGUCUCCGUCAGGGCCAAAAGGUCAAGGGACUACAGGGCAGCAUAGGCUGAGAUGAACUCAGUGUUCUUGACCGCGGAUCGGCAGUUCCCAGCGCUGCCAGAGACCCGGAAUUCCACAUGGGUUGUGCACGCAGGGUACAAUAAAUUAGAAGGGUUGCAGCCAAGGGGUGGGAAGCGUCUGUAAAGCCUACAGGGAGAGGAGCCAACAGAAAACACACCCAUAGUUGCCCAAGCUACAAAAGAGCAAAAAUUAGAUCAUCAGAAAAGAAAUAGGUAAGAUACUCAAGUGAGAGAGAGAGAGCCUUCCUCUGUUUCCUUCAUUGAGGGAUAAUGAUGAUUUAAAUGAUUUCGAUGUCCAGAUUCGUCUACACUUGUAGGGUUGCCAGGCACAAUGUGGCUGACUAUCAGAUCACAAUGCAUCUUUUAAUGGUCUACACCUGUCUAAAUAUGUGGGCAGGAUCAGGAUGUUAGAACCAGGUAUAAACAGGGUUUAUGAUAGCUGGUUAGCCUAACUUACCUACCUAGCUAACAUGGGCCAGUAGGUUAAGAUAUGUACAUGUACAUGAUUCACAUCAAGGCUAUUAUAUUCUAUUACAUUCUAUUGUUAUUGGUCAGAGAUUCCAAAGAGUUUGAACUCUGGAGAAUAAAACCCAGAAGUUUGACGUAACCUGAUGAAAGUAGUUUGUUAUAUAAUUCUAUUAACUCAGGUGGGUAUGUUUAUUGGAGAUUCUUGUCACAGGAUGCAUAAAUAAAACCUAAAAUCGGGAUCUUAGGUUAUAUGUUAUAUAUCAAUUAAUAUGUUAACAUUUUGUUCGAAAUACAAAGGAGGCUGUCCGGGAGUACCUGAAGGAGAAUGCCCUCACCAGGGAACUGCCCUGUGGGGACCGUUACUCUAAACUGGACUCAAACUGCUGCCUCAAGGAGGUCUCGAAGGGAAGACUGGUGGUGACGGUGGUCAGAGCCUGGGGACUGUUGGGAGACCACCAAUGAAUAGCGGGAGACACUGAAGCGUAAGUUAUGUUACUGCACAAUUUCAGUCCUCUGCAAGGUGUAGUGGAGGGUAAACACAUGUAAACUCUUCAGUCCUCUGCAGAGGUGUAGUGGAGGGUAAACACAUGUAAACUGUUCAGUCCUCUGCAGAGGUGUAGUGGAGGGUAAACACAUGUAAACUGUUCAGUCCUCUGCAGAGGUGUAGUGGAGGGUAAACACAUGUAAACUGUUCAGUCCUCUGCAGAGGAGUAGUGGAGGGUAAACACAUGUAAACUGUUCAGUCCUCUGCAGAGGUGUAGUGGAGGGUAAACACAUGUAAACUGAGGAGCCUCUUAAAUAAGAAGUUACAGGUCUGUGAGAGCCAGAAAUAUUGCUUGUUUGUAGGUGACCAAAUACUUAUUUUCCACCAUAAUUUGCAAAUCAAUUCAUUAAAAAUCCUACAAUGUGAUUUUCAGGAUUUUUUUUCUCAAUUUGUCUGUCACAGUUGACGUGUACGUAUGAUUAAAAUUACAGGCCUCUCUCAUCUUUUUAAGUGGGAGAACUUGCACAAUUGGUGGCUGACUAAAUACUUUUUUUCCCCACAGUAUGAAUGUAUAUAUAUAUAUAUAUAUAUAUAUAUAUAAACAUGGGGGAUUGGAAGUGAUGCAGACAAUUACAUUGAUGGAAGUUAGAAUCUAUCUGCAAUAUUAAAGCUGAUCUACCCCCUAUAAAAAAAAUAUAAAAAAAAGACAUGAUCAGUCUAUAAUUUUAAUGGUAGGUUUAUUUGAACAGUGAGAGACAGAAUAACAACAAAAAUCCAGAAAAACGCAUGUCAAAAAUGUUAUAAAUUGAUUUGCAUUUUAAUGAGGGAAAUAAGUAUUUGUCCACUCUGCAAAACAUGACUUAGUACUUGGUGGCAAAACCCUUGUUGGCAAUCACAGAGGUCAGACGUUUCUUGUAGUUGGCCACCAGGUUUGCACACAUCUCCGGAGGGAUUUUGUUCCACUCCUCUUUGCAGAUCUUCUCCAAGUCAUUAAGGUUUCGAGGCUGACGUUUGGCAACUCGAACCUUCAGCUCCCUCCACAGAUUUCUAUGGGAUUAAGGUCUGGAGACUGGCUAGGCCACUCCAGGACCUUAAUGUGCUUCUUCUUGAGCCACUCUUUUGUUGCCUUGGCAGUGUGUUUUGGGUCAUUGUCAUGCUGGAAUACCCAUCCACAACCCAUUUUCAAUGCCCUGGCUGAGGGAAGGAGGUUCUCACCCAAGAUUUGACGGUACAUGACCCCGUCCAUCGUCCCUUUGAUGCAGUGAAGUUGUCCUGUCCCCUUAGCAGAAAAACACCCCCAAAGCAUAAUGUUUCCACCUCCAUGUUUGACGGUGGGGAUGGUGUUCUUGGGGUCAUAGGCAGCAUUCCUCCUCCUCCAAACACAGCGAGUUGAGUUGAUGCCAAAAAGCUCGAUUUUGGUCUCAUCUGACCACAACACUUUCACCCAGUUCUCCUCUGAAUCAUUCAGAUGUUAAUUGGCAAACUUCAGACGGCCCUGUAUAUGUGCUUUCUUGAGCAGGGGGACCUUGCGGGCGCUGCAGGAUUUCAGUCCUUCACGGCGUAGUGUGUUACCAAUUGUUUUCUUGGUGAAUAUGGUCCCAGCUGCCUUGAGAUCAUUGACAAGAUCAUCCCGUGUAGUUCUGGGCUGAUUCCUCACCGUUCUCAUGAUCAUUGCAACUCCACGAGGUGAGAUCUUGCAUGGAGCCCCAGGCCGAAGGAGAUUGACAGUUAUUUUGUGUUUCUUCCAUUUGCGAAUAAUAGCACCAACUGUUGUCACCUUCUCACCAAGCUGCUUGGCGAUGAUCUUGUAGCCCAUUCCAGCCUUGUGUAGGUCUACAAUCUUGUCCCUGACAUCCUUGGAGAGCUCUUUGGUCUUGGCCAUGGUGGAGAGUUUGGAAUCUGAUUGAUUGAUUGCUUCUGUGGACAGGUGUCUUUUAUACAGGUAACAAACUGAGAUUAGGAGCACUCCCUUUAAGAGUGUGCUCCUAAUCUCAGCUCAUUACGUGUAUAAAAGACACCUGGGAGCCAGAAAUCUUUCUGAUUGAGAGGGGGUCAAAUACUUAUUACCCUCAUUAAAAUGCAAAACAAUUUAUAACAUUUUUGACAUGUGUUUUUCUGGAUUUUUGUUGUUGUUAUUCUCUCUCUCACUGUUCAAAUAAACCUACCAUUAAAAUUAUAGACUGAUCAUUUCUUUGUCAGUGGGCAAACGUACAAAAUCAGCAGGGGAUCAAAUACUUUUUUCCCUCACUGUAUGAAUUGGAUUUGUAACAUAUCAUACAAAAUGGAUAACGUAGUACACAAUUUGAUGACGUAGUAUUUAAUUUGAUGACGUAGUAUACAAAAAACACUUUCGGCUCGUGAGCGCCACUACUUGCUGAAAUUAUACAAAAGAUUGAGAGUGUAUUUUUAAGACAUUGUCUCAAAUCUAGGUUUUGCCUUUAGAGUUUGAGAAAAUUAACAACUUAGGGACAAUUUUUUUCACUUCUCCCAUUGACAAACCCCAAACACCUGUCUGGUCUGUAGAGUCUGCUUUGUGAGGCGUUCACGGAAGUAUGAGCCUGUUGAGCAUCUGGGUUUGAAAACUCAGUUGUUUUACUUUCUCAAUAGUGUUUUCGGGGCAGAUCUCCUCAAGGGACAGAAUUCAUUUGAAUGGCUUUUGAAAGGUUGGGAGGAGCUAACUUUUUUCAAUAGAAGUGAUGGAGGCUGGAGCACAGACCAGAAUGUGCAGUUAGCUAUAUAGAACCCCUUCCCAAUGAGCACAAACAAAAAUAUGUAUUUUCAAUGUCUUUUGCUCACGUCUGGGGGGGCUGAGGAGAUGGUUGGGAAACCGUCCUAGGACAUACAGAUUAUAAGGUAAGAUCGCCCUCUUGUGGCACGCCAUAGUAUUUACCUGAAGGUAUUUUUGUAUUAUUAUUAUUAUUAUAUAUAUUUUAGCCCCUUUUUCUCCCCAAUUGCGAUCUUGUGUCAUCGCUGCAACUCCCCAACAGGCUCAGGAGAGGCAAAGGUCGAGUCAUGCGUCCUCUGAAACAUGACCCGCCAAACCGCGCACCUUAACACCCGCCCGCUUAACCCGGAAGUCAGCCGUACGUAUGUGUCGGAGGAAACACCGUUCAACUGACGAUUCAAGUCAGCCUGCAGGUGCCCUCCUCCCAACAGCCAUUCAGGUGCCCGGCCCGCCACAAGGAGUCGCUAGAGCGCGAUGAGCCAAGUAAAGCCACUCCCGGCCAAACCCUCCCCUAACUGGACGACGCUGGGCCAAUUGUGCACCACACGACUGGUUGUGACACAGCCUGGGAUCGAACCCGGGUCUGUAGUGAUGCCUCAAGAUGCAGUGACUUAGACCGCUGCGCCACUUGGUAGGCCCUAAAAGUUGCUCAUAAGUUUGGAUGUAACCACUGUGAAAAUGUAAGAUAAAUAGCAAACUAUACUAAUCUUGAUGCUCAAACAAGCGUAAUAGCUACCCUCCUGUAGGUUUUUGCUCCAACCCCAGGUGUUACUACCCUGAUUCAUUUGAUCAACCUGCUAAUUAUUAGAAUCAGGUGCUAAAACCUCCAGGACGGUAGCUCUCCAGGAACAGGGUUGGAGUUAAAACCUACAGGACGGUAGCUCUCCAGGAACAGGGUUGGAGUUAAAACCUACAGGACGGUAGCUCUCCAGGAACAGGGUUGGAGUUAAAACCUCCAGGACGGUAGCUCUCCAGGAACAGGGUUGGAGUAUAAACCUCCAGGACGGUAGCUCUCCAGGAACAGGGUUGGAGUUAAAACCUCCAGGACGGUAGCUCUCCAGGAACAGGGUUGGAGUUAAAACCUCCAGGACGGUAGCUCUCCAGGAACAGGGUUGGGCAGUCCUGCUCCAUAGAGUGUACCACACUUAUUCGGCUGACCCCAUAGGAAAACCCUUUGAAUAACCCUUUUUGGUUCCAGGUAGAACCCGUUUUGGUUCCAGGUAGAACUCUUUUGUGUAAAGGGUUCUACAUGGAACUCAAAAUGGUUAUACCUGGAACCAAAAAUAGUUAUUCAAAGGGUUUUCCUAUGGGGACAGCCAAAGAACCCUUUAUGUUCUAGAUGGCACCUUUGUUUCUAAGAGUGUACUUUAUACACUAUACAGAGAAUAGGGUGCCAUUUGGGACACAAGCAAUAUGAUGUCACACAAGCAAUAUGAUGUCACACAAGCAAUAUGAUGUCACACAAGCAAUUUGUGCCAAUUGGAGUAGUCCCUCUUUUCCCAACCCUCUCCUCGCCUUCCCCCAGGUUUGUUCAACUGGCACACGUGAUUUCAUUAGUCAAAGGCUUGAUGAUUAGUUGACUAAUUUAAUGAGGUGUGCCAGUUUAGGGUUAAAACAUAAAUGUGAAACCUAGGGGAGGGGCCAAGGAGAUGGUUGGGAAACCCUGUCCUAGGGGCUACAGAUUAUAACAUGUGUCAAACUCAUUCCACGAAGAGAAGAAGGGAAGAGAGACGAGAGAGAGAAAAAGAGAGAGAAACAAGAAGACAGAAUGACUAUCGUAUUGUGAUAAAAGUUGUUUCAACCUUUUACACCAACAUGUGUCUGCAGGUUUUCCCUCCUCCCUUGUACUUGAUUGAUGAAUUAAGGUCACUAAUUAGUAAGGAAAUCCCCUCACCUGGUUGUCUAGGUCACUAAUUAGUAAGGAAAUCCCCUCACCUGGUUGUCUAGGUCACUAAUUAGUAAGGAAGUCCCCUCACCUGGUUAUCUAGGUCACUAAUUAGUAUAGAAAUCCCCUCACCGGGUUGUCUAGGUCACUAAUUAGUAAGGAAAUCCCCUCACCUGGUUGUCUAGGUCACUAAUUAGUAUGAAAAUCCCCUCACCUGGUUGUCUAGGUCACUAAUUAGUAUGGAAAUCCCCUCACCUAGUUGUCUGGGUCACUAAUUAGUAUGAAAAUCCCCUCACCUGGUUGUCUAGGUCACUAAUUAGUAUGGAAAUCCCCUCACCUGGUUGUCUAGGUCACUAAUUAGUAUGGAAAUCCCCUCACCUGGUUGUCUAGGUCACUAAGUAGUAAGGAAAUCCCCUCACCUGGUUGUCUAGGUCACUAAUUAAUUAGUAAGGAAAUCCCCUCACCUGGUUGUCUAGGUCACUAAUUAGUAAGGAAAUCCCCUCGCCUGGUUGUCUAGGUCACUAAUUAGAAAGGAAAUCCCCUCUGCUGGUUGUCUAGGUCACUAAUUAGUAAGGAACUCCCCUCCCCUGGUCUAGGUCUUAAUUUAAUAGAAAUAACUCAAACCAGUAUACAGUAGGACCUCCAUGGAAUGAGUUUGAUCGCCCUCUUGUGGCACGCCAUAGUAUUUUAAUCUUUCCAUUUUGUUUCCAACUUCCUGUUUCUACACCUGCUACAGGUACGCUGUGGUCACCUACGGUUCCAAGUCCCAUCAGACCAAUGUUAUUCCGUCCAACAAUCCUGUCUGGAAUGCUACCUUUGACAUGGGUCCCUUCGACAAAGACCUGAGGCUAAAGGUGGAGGUCUGGGAUGAAGAUCCUGCGAAAGAUGACAACCUGAGGCACUGUACCGUCAACCUCGAGCAGGGGACACAUGAACGCUGGUGCAACAACAGCGGGGGAGAGGGCUUUUAUUUCCUGUACACCCUCACCUGUGACCCCCACUUGACCGGGGACCAGUGUGAAAAAUACAAACCUUCCAACGCCACAACAUACAAACCUUCCACCCCCACAGUCCACUCUACUCCACUCUACAGUAAGAGUAAGCAUCUCUUUUCUACCUUUUCUAUCCAGAGUUCAGCGCUCCUAUACCUAUGGUUGUUUUCCAUCUCUGUAUAAUGUACCCCCCAGAACACAUGUUGGAGUAAAUCCAUUCCAGGCAGUGGGUCUGUUGCCUGUACAGCUCACCAGGAACCACGUUGGAAACAAGGGGAAUCAUUUCAAUAUGUGUGAUGGAAAAUGUUAUGUUUGUGCUUUUCUAAUAACC